AAGAGCCGUCAGGGUCUGAAGCUCCUCGUCAUCCUGGACUCUCUUUAGCCAACAUGAGGAAACUCCUGAACGUUCAGAGCUGACUCCUGCUCCUCAAACAGCCUCUGAGAUCUUAGACUUUAGGAGACAUUAGGGUUCAGGAUGGGGGGCAGGACGCUGGGAGUGCGGACCCUCCUGGGGAUUCUGGGAUUUCUCCUCCUGUGGAUUACAGCUCAGGCUCAGAUGAAGAUCCCACUGGAGACGUAAGUAACUCCACUCCAGCCACCUGCGGCGCGGAGCUCUUCUCUGUAAACUCAUGUCCCCCUCUGACAUGUCGGUGUCUCCUCCUGAAAUAGUAAAUGUGAUGAAAGGUUGAAGCUUUCAGACGAGUCAUGGUGGAAAUAAUCCUCACAGACAUGAAGGUCUGAAGAUGAUCUGAAAAGACGAACUUUAAUGUCAGUUAUAGACGAAAACAUAAAAAACAGCUGCUGCAGCCACGACGGUUUUAUAAAGUUAUAAAGUUUGUGAAAAUGAAGUUUUCUAAAGCGCCUCCAUCACGAGAAAUUCAGAUCCAAGAUAAAUGAGGUGUGAGAGACCGAGGAAGUUACCCCCAAAUUCCACCACAUCCAGAACAUCUACGAAAAGGUCGUAUCCUCCAAUCGUAGCUGAUCGUAACACUUCAAGUUAACGUGUCAAUUUCCACCGACUUCUUUCCGUUCCUCUGCGGAUCGCCGGACUCCACAGCUGAUCGCAAAAUUUCUAUAAGGUUGAAUUUAUGAGCGCAGGAAGACGUUUAGGUGUGGCGCCCUCAUCCUGAAACUUCAACGCAAACAUAUUCGGCCUUUGUCCUGGUUUAGAGUUCGUAGUGGUAGCAUCUUGUCGAUCGCAGGUUUAGCCGUGCUCUAAAACAGUUUACAGGGUUGAUGGGGAACUUAACAGGGUGCUGGUAGAAAAUGGAUGGAUGGAUGGAUGGCAAACAGGCGGAGGAAAGGACACAAUCUACUGCUUGUAUGUCUAUGUGUCUGUCUUAAUAGAGACAACUCGUUAUCGCGCGACUGAACGUGAAUCCGUGGGUUCUUGUGAGUUCUCGUGAUUACCGCUGUCCGUAAUCGGCCGCAAAACUUGCCUCACAAAUAGAUCUGGUAGGAAUCGGCGGAUGAUGAAGAUCGCCGCUCUGAGCCGUUCUGGAUGCGGUGGAAAUUGGGGUUUAGAGAGCAAGGAGAGGAGAAGGAGGAUAGAGGAGGAGGAGGGGAGAGGACAACAGGGAGAGAAGCAGGAGUGUCAGAAGGGACAGGAUGAUCCAGAGAGAGGCUGAGUUUAACUGUUUUUCUUCAGAUUCUGGUCGGUCGAACAAAAACUUAUAGAUGUGAAUUUUUCAGAUUCAGAUUUCAAUUUAGAAAAACUUUGUUGGACAGAAUUUCUGACGUGUUUAAAGAAAAACUGUUUUAACAGAGUAAAUGUUAUUUCUGUUUUUAUACUAAUGACGACAACAUUUAGACUCCGCCUCUGAACAACAGCUGAUGAGGGUCAGCAGGUGGUCACUGAGACCUUGUAGACCACGACCCUCUCUCUGGUUCGGCAUGUUUCCUUCACCGCACAUGUGCAGAUACACCAACAGGUGACACUGUAGAUGAUCGAUGAUAUCUGCUCCUCCUGUCAGUCAUCAUCUCUGUGCUUCAACACAACGCCAGCUCUCACGCUCAACUCGCCUUUUUAGCAGCAUUGGCGUGUUGAUGUACUAAAGUCUUGUUCCCAAUAGAUGAAGGCGACAAACUCCCAGAGUGCACUGGGCUUUCAGGGUGCUCCUGCGGGGAUGAGUUUGAGUGCGCUCAGUUGGAGUUGUAAAUAGAAACAGUCCUGAGGGGAAAGAGUGAUCAGCUGACACUUUACUCCACACGCCAUCAUGACCACGGAUUUAACCCUUUAAACUCAUCACUGCCAUUGAGGUGGAACGAUUAAUUCUGAAGCCAAAUUGUUGAUCACACAAAAUGUUUUUCAAUGAAGUUAUCGAGUCGAUGGACAAAUACUUUUUCUAUAACUGAACUGCGGGAGCAGGGAAGUGGGUCUGUAAUUUGUAAAUAAAUGUCUGUCUCCAUUUUUAUAUAUUGGGAUAAUCCCACAGACAUACAGUCAGUGUGAAGGUCCUCACACACCGGGACCGACACGAAUGUAGAACGCGAAAUUACGAAAUAUUCAGAGGCAAAUUUUGACGCGCCUGACUAUAAACAUCAAGCCCAAUGCGAUUGGGUGGAAGCGAGAAGACUGAUCCAACAGCAGACUGAGUGUUUUUCAGUUCUGAUCAGACACUAGUGUUGAGAUGUCUGUCUGUCAUGAUAGCAUGUACUGAGUCUGGGUCAGAACCAGAUAAGAACAUUAAACUAUAAUCCAUAAACGUAAGGGAACAACAGAGACCUAAUGGUGCUGUGACAGCAACGCUGUGAUUGAGUUUACAGUGAAAGUACAUAUGGUAUGUUGUAUCUGAACAGGUUAGCUUACGAGCUAAAGUUAUUUAGCACAGAUGAAAGUUCAAACAAAGACGUUUAUCAAACUGUUAAAGCUCACAAACCAUCGUCAGAUUAGAAAUCCGACGCUAUGACUCUCCACAAGUCGUCCUUCAGGUCGUUAUCUUUGUAAUGUUUGUGUCUUUUAUCAAAAAUCACUGGGUGUUUACCUUUCCAUCUUGAUGGAUACUGAUGUGAACGUGGCAGGAAAGUGUGUGUGUGUGUGUGUGUGUGUGUGUGUGUGUGUGUGUGUGUGUGUGUGUGUGUGUGUGUGUGUGUGACAAUCAAGGCCUUGGACUGCAGGAGUGAUAACUCAGGUGUAGUCAAAGAUAUCAGAGAGGGCAGCCGGGUUUAGCUCACAGAUUAACUCGUUCAGUUCCAGGUUCAUUUAUGCAAUUUUUUUUUUUUUUAGAAAACAAGUAAAAACAAAAAUAAACAAAAUAAAUCUGAACAAAACAGAAGCAAAAAAAAUAAAUAAAUCUGGUUUUGAAUAUCAGGACAUACAUAUACACACGUGUACAUACAAACACCAACAUACAUAUACAUACACAUAUCUACAUAUAUGCACACACCUACAUAUACAUACAUACACACACGUACACCCUAUACAUAGACCAUACAUUAUCUACCAUAUACACAGCACAUUGCUGUUUAUACUGUGCAAUAAUAGAUAAUACGAUCAUGAAGUCUCUCUGUAUUUAUUUAUCGUUUUAUAUUGAAACAUUUUCUUGAACCCACGUGUUGAACUGCACAUCCUUCUUUAUUUCUUAAUCUUUAUUUCUAAGUUCAUACUUGUUCUCUUUGUUCUGGAACAACCUCUGAAUACAGGAAGGAAGGAGAUCUUUGUGAGCUUUGAACAAAAUCAAAACAAGUUUGUAUCAUCCGCAAACAGAACAUAUUUUCAAAGGUUCGACACGUUACAGAUAUCGUUUAUGUAGAGUGAAGAGUUUUGGACCUGAAACAGAUCCUUGGGGAACUCCACACUUUACUUUUUGCAUAUUAGAUUUAUCAUUGUUGAUUUGUACGUAUUGAUACCUGUCUUCAAGAUAGCUUUUUAACCAGGAAUGUGCUACACCUUCUUAAGAUCAAUAAACACACAGGCUGUAAAUUCCUCGUUAUUUAUGGAAAUCUGUCCCGUUAAACGCUGCUGUUCCAAAAAAGGGGGAAGAUGGAGAAACGAAUCAAUAGAUAAUCAAUCAUCUUAAAAUGACACAAAAUUAAAACUACAGCUGUGAAAAUUCAGAGUGUUUUUAGUCUCAAAUCCGUCUCCGUCUGUUUUCUGCGUCCAAGUUUCUCACUUCAUUUCCCAAAAUGCACCUGUGCAGUCACGGUCUGCUCGCUCUGAUAACCUCGUUGUGAUGAAGCGUGUCUCUGCAGCUGCACGGACGACAAACUCUCCCUCCUCCAUCAUCACCAUCUGUGUGACAGGCACGGCUCGCCUGGCAGACCGCCACCGACCACGCCCUGUUAGCCCGGUCACCUUCUACCCUGACCCACAUUCAGAGACCGCCACCUCGACUCGACACAGAAGGAGGAGUUUUUUUAUCUCUGUUUAACCUGAGAUAAAAAAUAACGGAUGAUUACGGCGGUGUUUUCUGUCUCUGCGUCCAGUUUAGUGUCAGAUUUGGUCCAAAUCUGCGGCUCAGAUCAGCCUCAGAACCACGGCGGCCCGGCUGAUUAGAUUUAGAGGUGAUCUGGAUGGAGGAUUAAUUUUGGGCGUUUUUGGUCGGGAUCUGGAGACAGAUGGGAAACACAGCAGGUGUAAAAAUGUCACAAGAUGAUUUCUGUUGAAAGAAAAAACCUGAACGUUGAGUUCAGUUAAAGGUCGGCGUUCAACAUCUCAUGUUAGUGUGUGAGAUGUAGAUGUGGAGAGCUCUCCUCUGUGCUGCUGAGCUCCUUUGUUAAGAGCCUGAGCAGAGAUGGAGGACUUAAAGUAAAUCUGCGGGGAACUGACGGACACACGGAGGAUUUAUGAAGGAUUGUAGUUUCACCGUGAGCCGCUCUUUGAGGGGCUAAGAGAAAAAAACUGUUUCAUAAAUCAAUCAAUAGAUGACUUUUCAACAAAACUUAUCUCAGGACAUCGUAAAAAAACAGUUUAGGACAAACUCAGUUAUGUCAUUUCAGUCAGGCUGUUCAGUCAGCGGCUCUCGGGUCAAAUCCAGUCGUCUAAGUGGACCCAAAGACAUCUAGGAUCUAUAAAUCUAAUUAAACAGCAGAUACAGUUUUCAUGGGAGAGUAGCUGAAGAAUGAGACGUCUCACUUCAUCUUUGUUUGGAGUUGCACAGUACCGAUCAGACGAAGGUUCGAUAAGUUAUCGAGUUCGAGAGUCUGAAACUGAGAAAUGAGGUCAUUUUCUCAUCGUUUCACAGAUGUUAGACUCUGAGGAGGUUAGAAACACUUCCACGCCUCAAACCUGCAGGGUGGUGCUGGACGGGGAGUUGUUCCCGUUGAAAUUUCAGACCCAGAGUUUGGAAAUUCCGACUUCCGAGUACAACAGGAACGCACCAUUAAGUCAGCAAUAAUAGAAGUAUAACUGCUGAUAUUAUUAUCGGGUUUUCUAUCAGCAAAGUGACAUCUGGGACAGAUCGAACAGACUCGUAAAAGUUUACAUUCUAGGUCACAUAAUCUAGACUCUGUAUGAACAGGGUCAGUUUCUCUCUGUUUUCACCUGAUGGGCUGCACCGUCUUCAGACAGACAUCUAUCAUAGAUCAUCUAUAAAUCACUCACUGUGGUUGUGAACAGAAAUAAAAAUCCUUUUUGCAGCUCGAAAACUCUACAGAUGGUCUUCAGGAAACCAAAAGAAAAGGUCUAGACCUUCUUCCUUGAGUCAUUCAGGGACAGCCAACAUGAGGGGGGGGGGUACAUCAACAUCCCAGAACAAUACCAAACAAAACAGCAGCCCAACAGAGGAGCAGUCAGCCAUUUAAACCGAGUUAAAGUUAGUAAAUCCUCGCUGAGCUGAACAGACGCUGAGUCACGUUUCACACUCUGGAAAGUUUAGGACGAGGAAACAGACGAAACAUCGUCAUUUACCGAUCUGAAGCAGAGUGAGAAAAAGGCCCUGGUUAUUAUUCAGACAGAGUAUCUAUGAUAGAAGCUGAGAGCAGACCUCUCUGAGAGGGUCUACAGCAUUACUCCACGUGUGAAGGACUUUGUCGGCGGCUUGUUUGAUCGUCUUAUUGAUUUUUUAUCCAGUUACACAAACGUAAAAAAACAACACUGAAGUUUUAACACAACACUCAGAGCGGUUACCCCUGUGAGUCACCCUAACGCCCUCCUGUCCGGGUCAGAUCCUGGACUACAUGUGGAGUGAACUGGUACGGGUUCUCCUGGAGGGCUCGCCUGGUCCGUUUUGGUGUUUUUCCACCUCUGCAUUAGUGGACACCAGAUCGCACACUUUGGCGGGGGGUUCUGUUGUGGCGUCCUCUCAGACUCCGCCUGCAGCUCUGUGUGUACUUCAUGAGUUGUGUCCUUGUGUGUUAAUUGUACUUUGUGCGGAGCAGACACCUGUGGUCCUCUGCCGUGACCCACAUCAGGGAUAGAUUAUCUAAAUCUCUUCAUAUUUAACCACACUGCUGCUGCUGCUGCUGCUGCUGCUGCUGCUGCUGCUGCAUCAGGAUGAUACAAACUGAAGGUGACAUCUGUCCUCUCUCCCUGAUUGUCCUCUUUGAACUCAUCCAUCAUCAUUUAUAACACGCAGGUUAUUUCCUUUCCUUUCAGGGUGCAGCAGUGGGCGUCUGUGAUCUCGGUGCAGCUCCGAGAAGUCAGCACCAAAUACUCCGGCUCCCUGCUGCUGCAAAAGGUAAAAACCAGGAAAAGUGGAGGUUCAGAGGGAAGAUCUGACCGAACAGUUAAAAUGAGACUCAUUUAAAGAAGUCUGGAGAUUUUUCUGUCCUUUAAAAACACUCAAACAGAGAGUCUUUUACCUUCCAACAAAGUCUUUCACAGACAAAACUUUAAAAGAUAUAUAACCUCUUUGUGAAUCUCAGCGUUUAUUAAAAAAUGAUAAAAUAUAUGAAAAUAGUAGUGGUGAAGAAAUCUAUGGUUACUGAAGUGGUUUUUACCGGAUUAGGUUUCAUGGGAUUGUAGUUCUUCAGAGAAACAUGGACGAAUUUAACGAAGAAAUCUAUCUGUACUUAUCAAAGGGGAUUUAUGACAGCUGGACUACCGCCUCUUUUAGGAAAUGUGGAAUAAAAGCAAAACUAUCUUUUGAUAAACGGAGAUCCUGCGUACAUCUGUUUUUUUUCUUUUUCUUUUACUUAGAAAAGUUACAAUUAAAGCCGUCUCAAAAUUACAGAAAGUUGUAAUUCUCUGUUUAAUAUGGAGUGAAAGUUUCAAUGAACAAACGUCGUUAUCGGCAGCAGCUUCAGGAGGGAAGCCCAGACGACCCUCACCCCAGCCACUUCCACCAGCUCCUCUGGGGGGAUUCCCAGGCGCUCCCAGACCCGGCGAGAGAUAUAAUCCCUCCACCUGGUCCUGGGCCGGCCACGAGGUCUCCUCCCGGUGGGACAUGUCUGGAACACCUCUAACAGGAGGCGUCCAGAAGGCGUCCUAACCAGAUGCCCGAGCCACCUCAGCUGACUCCUCUGGACGUGGAGGAGCAGCGGUUCUCCUCUGAGCGCCUCCCGAGUGUCCGAGCUCCUUACCCUAUCUCUAAGGCUGAGCCCGGACACCCUGAGGAGGAAACCCAUUUCAGCCGCUUGGAUCUGCGAUCUUGUUCUUUCGGUCUUUACCCAAAGGUCAUAGUGACUUCACCCGGCGAGGAGGCAGACGGCGUCCAUUCUAUAUACAGUCUAUGCUUGUAACUGAGCACAUUUGACUUAUUAAAUGGAGCGAAAUGUAGUUUGUCCGAUUGGACUUGCCGUAGUGUGACGUCUUCAACAGGCGCUGGACCGCGAACCGAUCCUGCAGCCCGAACACAUCUGGUACCUACAGCGUCACUCGAUGAAAACUCUUCACAUAUUUUGAUCUCCAGUUUUUUUGUCGUCACUAAAUCAUAAAAUUCUCCAACACAAAUUAAAAAUGAAGUUAGUCAUGUAGUAACUUUAUAUAAAGUUGUACCCACAGUAUAGAUUAGCAAUGAUUAUUCUUUUUGAAGAUAUACGAGCACAUCAUCUGCAUAAAGAGUGAUAUUACAGGACUUAUUUUUGGUCUGGACUACAGAGACGUUUUUGUCUUUUUGGCUUAUGACAUGAACUUUAAAAUUAGAGAAGUUUUUGCUGUAGAAACCAUAAAAAUGACUAAAAUUUAAAACCUCUGUAAGGAGUAAUGACUGUAGUUUUAUUUAGAAGUGAAGUUCCAACAGAGAGUGAGCGUCUGCGACAGCUUGUGUCUGUCCAUUAAUAUGUUUGCCUGGCAGUCCAAACACACACACAGGGAUCAGGGUAAUGCCCAGAUUGAGGACCGAGCCCUCUUUACCGGCUUUUCUGAUUUCAGACAGUCCUCCAUCUAUCAGUCAGAUUUAGAUUUAUGAAGGGCGGUCUGCUUUCAAACAUACAGAGACGUCACGUCAACCCAGAACCAACAUGCAGACAAAAACCUCUCUGAUUUUAGGGAAAUUAACUCAUGUUCAUUUAUCUAUUUGAGGCUGAUUUUCUCUGAAGUACCGAGGAGUCCACCAUCUGCAGAGGGAACGGUAAACUCUUUAACCUUCUCGAUAUGAUUAAACUUAGUCCUCCAGGGUUUGUGAUCCGAGUCCAGAGCGGCUCUCCAGACUAAUGGCUCAUCAGUAAGUGGGCUGGAAGUGGAAUUAGAGAAAGACUUAAAUCGAUUGAAUCGGAGUAAACGACCACAUUUACUGGCUGACUGGCUCGUCCCUCCCUCCUCGCUCUCAGCAGACUCGUCCAGCUUCUUGAUCCAGAGAAAGUGACCUGGUGAUAAAACCAGAACCACAUCACAGCGGCUGAAUCUAAUCCCAGAGCGAUUCCCUGAAACUGAAAUAUCCACCCAAAACAAACCAGUCUGCCAAGACUGUCAGGUCGGUUUCACGGUCUCACCUGUGAGGUGGACAAGUCCUGAAAUAAAGUUGAUCAUGUUUAGAUUAACAUCCCUACAUCGGGUUAGAGAAGGUCACUUCCUGCUGUGAUGAAGGUUACAACAGUAUCAAGGACGAAUUCGGACAAAACAAAUAUAAAAGACGGAAAAUAAGCGAAAAAACUCAAACAAAGUCAGGAGCGAGGGAGGAAAACUGAGUCUGACGUGAACUCACUGAUACCUGAUCAGUUCUCGGGCCAGAUGGGUCGAAUUUGUAGACAUAGAUGAAAUAGAACUCACACGCUCUGUGGUUUUCUGGAGGAAAAUAACAGUAUUUAAAUAUCUAACACUGACUUCAUCAGAUCAGCAUUUGGUUUUGGUUCGUUUCGACAUCUUCUCCUCAUAUUUUCACUGAAUUCUACGUUAAUUAUUUGAUGUUCCUCACAGAAACUGAAGGACGUGGAGCCCAUCGUCAAAAUCGUGGAGCUGAACGGGGACGACCUGGUGAAGGAUUACUCGGACGAAAUUGAACGCAUGUUAGGAAGCAAGAUGAAGUCGGUGAAGGUGAGAACGACCACAGCGGUUUAUUUCAGAAAUCAGACUUAUGAUCCACCAAACAGGUCCGAAAGAGGGAAACUCUCCUCAAACUGAGCUCUGAUUAUAAAUCAACUCCUUCAGGUGGAUCAUGAGUUAGAGAACUAACUGUAAUAAAUUUAGCAGAAGUACUGUAUGACAGUUCAUUCUUCAAAACUUCAUAUUUCAUUCCGUUUGUUUCAGAGGUUAGCGGAGUCUGCAGAAGACGCCGACCUGUACCAUGAAUACAACGCUUCAUUAGAGGUGAGUGCAGCUGCUGCUAUCUGAAGUUUUAAAGGAACAGUCCGUCUGUUUUUUUUUUUGUCCCUUUUUGAUCACAAACCUCUGAUGGAGCCUGAUGGUGUAACUGAGUUUACUCGUGUUAUUUUGUUUGUUUGUUUUUAACUGAUUAGUCCUGAUUUUCAUUGAAGCAGGGAAGUCAAAAAGAACAAAAGAAAGGGCAGCAAGAAAAAGUGCAAAAUAUUUCCUUAUCCUCUUUCGUUUUUUCUUUUCCUUUCAAACUUUAGUGAGUCCAAACAAAUAAAUGUAAACAAAGAAAUAUGUGCAUAGUAAGUUGUGGUGUUGGUUUAUAAAAUUUUCACACAUAUGAUAAGGGUUACCAAUUUUUAAAAAGAAUAAUAAAAAAAAGCUAAACAAAACAAAACCAAAAUUAUUUUAAUAAUUAAAAAAUAAUUAAAAACACAAAAGUAAAACAAAACAAAACAAAACAAAAAUAAAGCAAAACGAAAAAUUUAAAGCAAAAAAGCAAAAGAUAACAAAAAAUUAAAAAAGAAUAAUUAAAAACAAAAAAGCAAAGCAAAACAAAACCAAAAAAAAAUAAAUAAAUAAAAUAAAAAGAAUAAUCAAAAACAAAACAAACAAACAAACAAAAAAAAAAGGAAUAAUAAUAAUCAUUAUAAAAAAAGAUUACUAUUUUUUGCGAUAGCUUGUUCAGAUGGUAAAUGUGUAUUUGUUUGUGUUCGCAUGCCAGUGCGUUCUGCGUGUUCUCUGUGUGUGUGUGUGUGUGUGUGUGUGUGUGUGUGUGUGUGUAUCAGAGGUAACUGCAGGUCAGUCUGUCAUGGUCUCUGCAGCAGAUUGAGGUUUUAAAGCUUCGGCUGACACCUGAAAUUAGAUCAGAUCAAACUUCACUGAUCCUGUGAGGGAACUGGGUCAACGCCGCGGCCAAGAUACAACACCGAGUGGGGCUGGGGGGGAGGGGGUUUCUCUUAAUAUUACCGAUAUCUGGAAACUAAGGUUUGGCAUCUUACAUAUAAGGCCGAUACGUUACACAUCUCGAUACAAUGUCUCCGAUCCGAUAUAUUUGAGAUACGUGUGUGGUGUUAUGCAAGAGAGAAUAGUUUUCGGUUUGGUAGUUUAAAUCGAGGCUCCAAGACAUGGAGGAGGUGUUUAAAACCUUUGUUUUCUGUUACACUGUGAGGCUGAAUAUCUCUGCAGAUGAAGAACGCUAUAGCAAACGUUAUUGCCAUUGAGCACAUAGAGUUAUUAGCAAACGGGGAAUGGAAGAAACUUGCAAUACUUUGCUCACCACUUUUGGAGCUGCCGGCUGGAGGCGAAUCUGAGCUAGGAGCCGGGGAGACGGGGGCGUUAGCAGACCAGACCCCUCCACAACACUGUGACGCUGAGUUAUCAGAUUAGUCGUACUGCCUGUGUAUUUUACAGCAGAGCGGCACAAAUCUGUCUUGCAGAGUUGUUCUUGUAAAACCUGUAGUGUUGCCAAACCUUAGAUUCACAACUCAGACGAGGGUAAAUUUGCUUAUUUGUUUACCUUACUCCUCACACUCCUUCUUACUGCUAGUAUUCAUCCACGGCGCAUGUAGUGCAUCUGCGGAGCUGAUACUUUAGUUUGCAGUGUACAUCCGCAAGUCCGAGUAAAUUAUGCCCUCAAAAUGGUUCGGUAACUAAAAAAUAAAACUUGUGCACCCACAUCUUGCACGUGCGUGACCGCGUAUCGAUACGUAAAGGUUAGUCUUCUCAUCCCUACUGGAAACAUGGCCUCUGAAACGUUGGUCCCUUAUUUUCUCAAACCACUCUAACUCUGCUGCAUCUUAUUUUGAAAGUCUCCCCCCUCUUUCUGUCUCGUUCUUAGUUUGAUUACUACAACGCCAUGCUGAUCAACACGGCGGACGAGGACGGGAACACCCUGGACCUUGGCGGAGAUUUUCCUCUGGAGGAGAACGAACAUUUCAACAACAUGCCGGUGAACACGCAGCAGAGCGACAUCCAGGUCCCUACCAACGUCUACAACAAAGGUCAGAGGUCAUCGGACAUGGACCACCUGUACUCUCACCUCAAACUGACUUUAGAGUUUAGUUUUUUUUACCCAGGAUGCUUCUGUGCCCUUUGUGUGCAGAUCCAAACAUCCUCAAUGCCAUCUACAACUCGGAGGCGCUGAAUGACGUCUUCAUCGGGAACUUCCAGAAGGAUCCCACGCUCACCUGGCAGUACUUUGGCAGCUCCACAGGCUUCUUUAGAGUCUACCCCGGUGAGUCUGAGACUAAAUCCUGAAGGAGGAGCCAGCUGGUGUGGGCUUGAACGUCAAACAAAAUCUGCAUCAUGUUGUUAUUCAAGCAAACUCAAACCGUCAACUCCAGAAAAUCCUCCUCUGUUUUCACUCGUAUGGGUGAAAUAAACCUAAAAAUAACCUAGUGAAGCUUCUGAGUAAAUUUAACAUGACAGUGAAACUGAGACCCACCAGAAUAGAUGGACUAUAAUCCUAAACCCAUGUGCGACUAUUUACAGAGAGACUGAGACUGAGUAAAGUAAACCAGAGUGACGCAUCUGUGAAACGUCCUUUUUACACUGAAACUGAGACUUGCCAGUGAAGGACAAGAAGGUUAGCUUUAAUAGUACAAACGUACGAACUGCAAACUGACCCUCUGUCUUCUGGUUUCAGGGAUCAAAUGGACUCCGGAUGCGAACGGCGUGGCGGCUUUCGACUGCAGGAACAGAAACUGGUGAGUUCAGACUCUAAAUGAGGAAGUAGGCUGGUGUGCAUCUGCACCACCUUUUCUGGCACUUUGGUUCCAGAGUCAGAGGUGAACACGUUCGGAUAAGUGGAUCAAAUUAAAGAUAAUUCAGGUGAGGAUACUGAGGAUCUGUUUGGAAAGCUGCAUCUGUAACCGCACUGAUUAACGCUGUUCUCCUCGUUAUGAUCGGAGAUGUCUUUGUAAUCAUUAACCACGUUAACAUGUGCUAAAUUUCUUAAUCCGAUUUAAAAUUUGAGGGGUCGGAAAAUCUGAAUUCACUGUUUAUAUGCAUGCUAAAUCAAAUAAUCCGAUCAUGACAUGCGUUUACGUGCGCCAAACUUUAUUCAGAUUGAAGCAUCUGGACACGCGACAUGAGUUGUCUGAUUUUGCUAAAACAACCACAGAAGAAGAAGAGUCGUAUUUGCACGUGCACAUGCAUUGUCCGAUCCGACUACGCUGGUUACAUGGUAGAGAAGAUCGGAUUCAAAUCGUAUUAACUGGGUGUCUAAAUCGGAGUUCUCUGACUAAGUCAUAGUUGGACUAAGGUGUUUACAUCCACUUCAGUUGUCCGUUCUUAAUCGGAGUAAGGCGAUAAUUCGGUUUUCUCGAGUGUUUACAUGGACGCGUCUCGGAAUAACGAUCAGCAUAAACCACCCCUCUCGAUCGGAAUACAAUUUCUUUCCGAUUGAGCCGAAUUGCAUCAGAAUCUUUCGAUUGAAAUGCUUACAUGACACAUUUUUAUUCCGAUCUGGCAUUUAUUCCGAUUAUUUGUGCCCGUGUAAACGCAGCUACUAUUAGGAAAAAAGGAGAAGGUCCAAUCUGUGGUACCGGCAUUUAAAACAUCCUGCAGCUGCAAAGUCCAAACUCUUCAGAACCACCAGCAUGUUAUUGUCUGUUUGUGAGCUGCUGUUAGUACAACACAAGACCUGUGCAUCUGCAAACACUCAUCACUACCCUGUGCAUCAAAACGUGGCCACAAGCCAAAGACAGAGACAGAGAGAGAGCAGCGGUGGUAGAGUUAGAAAAGGACAGUGUUCAAACCUUAAGUUAUGAUCUAAAUCCUCGUCAUCAAAAAAUCAAAAACUCUGUCUGUUAAACUGUUUCACUAAGAGCAAACUUCAGACUUUGUUCUCCAAAAGGAAACUCAAACUGAGCCCGUCAGUCUGCUGGAUGUGUGUCAGCUGAGCAGCGGCCAGCCAGAGUCCUGAUCCUCUGGAAAAGACGAUAAGCUGCUCCUUAGCCGGGUCACUGCUGCCCACAUGGCACCAUAUGUGUCUGUUCAUGCAUUUGUAAAUAAUACCACUGAGCCGCAUAUGUCCCUGAACGCACCGUCAUGUCUCUGCACUGCAGCUGAGCUGGAAAAGCUUUGGUGUGCAAAUGUGUUCCAGUUACCCAACAGUGUGGAGGGACAGGAUGGGAACGUCUAAUCAGAUCUGUUCAUGAGCAGCUGGACGCUCAGACGACUCUUUUCUUAGACCAGAGGACGGAGCCGAGCGCUUCUUCUUCAACAAAACAAAGACGUUUGUUUCUUUAGAUAAAAAGUCAGAGCUGGAAACAUUUUUAAUAGAGCUGCAAUAAUCCAAUAUGUCAGUUACUGAGUGUUGAGUGUUCUGUGGAUUAACUGAGUUUCUAUCUCUGCUGUGAAACGUGAACAUUUCUGUGUUGUUACGAGGUCUGAAGAGUGUACUUUGAAUUGAUCAGACUGGCUAAUGCAAAUUGACUUUAAUUACAGCAAAAUCUAAGAUUUCACACAGGAAUAUAAUAUCGACAUGACUCUUAAAUGUUAGCUGUUAUGAGGUAGAAAAUUAACGUUAAAACAUUCAAGCCACUGCUGCCUCAGUCAGAGUAUUUAUGUCCUUUACUCAGGGGAUAUUUAUGGUACCACAUGAAGGUCAUUCAGAGGUUAAGUUCUAGGGUUGUAAUUUUACAGGACUAAAGUCACAGUCAGCAAGUUUACAUUUUGUUUGAAAAGUCAUUUUAUUUACCUCAUAAACAUUUGAACACAUGAGUCUGACUGAAUUAAACUUCUCACAGUUGGGGGAACACAGAUGGAUGUUGUCAGGGAUUCAUCUUCUCCUCCAAUCAGACUGAGAGUUCUGAGCGUGCUUCAGUGUUAGCAUGCUAGCCUUCGAGCUGUAAGGUGAACGGCUCGAAUUCGUCAUUAGGAAGUCAGAUCGUAAACAAAACUUUGACAAAUGAAGAAAGAUCAUCAAAACUUAACAAAACUUUCCUACUGUCCAACUAAAAGGUGCAGAAAAUUACAGACAGCAGGAAUCACGAGAACUCACAGGAACCCGCAGAUUCACGUUCAAUCGUGCGAAAAUGAGUUGUCUCUCUAAAGACAGACACAUAGACAUAUAAGCAGUAGAUUGUGUACUUCUAGAGGAGGAAAUCUACUUCUAGACUUCUAGAAUCAGCAUCUCCUCAUCCAUGGUGUCAUCGGGGUGAAAUGACGUCUAAAAACCUUUCACUUGUUCGUCUCCGCCCGUUUGCAUGGUGUGAAAUACGAUCCUCCUGAAACACGUAAAUUGACACGUUAACUUGAAUGGUUACGAUCAGCUACGAUCGGAGGAUACGACCUUUUCGUAGCCGUUCCUGAUGCGGUGAAAAUUGGGGGUUAAAGCGACGGCGCCUCUUAGCCUCUCGCUAACAUGUUCUGUCGAUUGUUUUGAUGACUCACAGAUCAACCAGGAAAUGACCAAUUAAUGAGCUGUUACAAGAAAAUUAUUUUAUUUUGAAAUUCUUACAAAAUCUUUAUUUUUUCCUUCAUUUCAGUUUUAAUCUAUAAUAAUAAAUCCGAUAAUAAUCAAUACUGUAUCUCCGUCGGUGCGUUCAGGUACAUCCAGGCCGCCACUUCCCCUAAAGACAUCAUCAUCAUGGUGGACAUCAGCGGCAGCAUGAAGGGGCUGAAGAUGACCAUCGCCAAACACACCAUCAACACCAUACUGGACACACUGGGGGAGAACGACUUCGUCAACGUCAUCGCGGUGAGGAAAUACUUCAGAUAUCUGAGACCAGUCUGUCCCAGUCUUUGUAAAUCUGUUUGUCUGGUCAGGACAGUUUGAGUGUAUUUGUGCGUCUUCUGCAGUGCAGACAUGAUCCAGCGUCUCAUACCUGUGUGUGUUUUUUUGUACAUAUAUAUUUAUAUGUGUGUCUCUGCCUUCAGUACACAGACUACGUUCGGUACGUUGAGCCGUGUUUCAGAGGGACUCUGGUCCAGGCGGACUUGGACAACAGGGAGGUAAGACCAUUAUCUGCUUCACUGAGGCUUUAGGAGCUAAAGAGGAGAAUUACCAGCCAGCAGACACGAACACACUAACACACAUACUCAGGAAAACCCUCAACCUGGUUGGCAGAUCGACCUGCUGGCCUAAAUCCUGCAGAGACAUCACAAACCUCUGACCUCCGUGUUUUAUUCUCAGUUUGAACUUUGAUUGACCGACCUGAGCUCAGAGAGAAAGUGACGAGGAGGUGUGCUCCUCUCCUCUGUGAACAUGAAAAUGAUUGAUUACUGAGGAUUAACUGUUUCAGGUUUGACUUUUCCAGUCAUGUCUCAAAAUGAAACUAAAAUCAGACUCACACGAAUCUUCUCCUUUUCUGUCUUUCAGCACUUUAAGCUGCUGGUGGAGGAUCUGCACGUCAAAGGAGAAGCAAAGAUCAAGAAGGCCAUGAAAGAGUCCUUCAAGAUCCUCAACGAGGUCGGUUUUCAACGACCAUCUGUUGUCGACACACGAUAUCAAAGUAUCUGUGGUUUUUUGAUCGACGUCAUGAUACUUCCAACCUGUUUUAAAUAUGCAAACAGAGGCGGCGCACUCGGAACAUCUGAAGGCCAAACUUUUACUGAAACAUGCUGGAGUCAUGAGAUGUUACGUCCUCGCGUAAACUCUUUCGUGUGUGUGUUUGUGUGUGUGUGUUUGUUUGUGUGUGUGUGUAGGCGAGAGCCAACGGUCAGGGCAGCAUGUGUAACCAGGCCAUCAUGCUGAUCACAGAUGGCGCCAUGGAGGACUUUGAGUCCGUCUUUCAGGAGUUCAACUGGCCCGAGCGCAGGGUGAGUGAAAAACCAGACAACAAGAACGUCUUUCUCUCUUAGGUGAUAAAAAAAAAGAGUCGUCCUGUAAACUUCAAGAUUUUAAAGGACCCUGAGUGACUUUAGUAUCUCUGUUAAAUAAACAGUGUCCGAUCUGCUCCAAAUUUCUCAGAUGAGUUGAUGGUGUCAGUCUGAACUCAUCUACAUCUAUAUUUUUGUCAUAGGUAUCUAUAUUGACAUCUGCAUUAACUCAGUUUUGAACGAGCUAACAAACAUAAUCGUCUUUUCGGUGAAGUGUCAGAAACGUUCCUGCUGACAAUAACUCGUUGAACGUCCACAGUUGAAUUAAAACGUCCGCGUCUUUUCAUUCAGGUUCGAGUCUUCACCUACCUGAUCGGCAGAGAGAUGACCUUCGCCCAGAACACAAAGUGGAUCGCCUGCAACAACAAAGGUGAGGGUCACAGUUUUCAUUUGUGGUUCUGAUUUUACUGUUGAAGGUAAAUGUUUUAGGGUCAGGAUGGUUGUUUCUGAUGAUUUUCCUGUAAAGUCAAAGAAAACUGGUCUUAGUUUAGAGAAGUCGUUUCUCAGUUUACAUCAACAUGAUCUUAUACUCACCUGCUCUGGUUCAGCUCUUCUGUCGGCUAUGACCAUCACUGGGGACAGAAUAUAUAUCUUUUUAACUAUAUGACCUUUUGCUCCACUUUGGCCCCACCCCCUUGUCCAAAUAUGGUCUAUACCGGAAAACCCAGGUGGACACGCCCAAAACGCCAAACUAGAGGCGCCAAAGUUCAUUAUUUAUACAAACCUGAUGGACUUUUAUCCAGUUUUUGUUGUUCAUGUACAAUGACAGCAUAGAAAUUCUAUUCUAUUCUUUUCUAUUCUAUAUUAUCCUAUUCUAUAUCAAUCUAUAUAAUUCUAUUCUAUUCUGUUGUCUGUCAUUCUAUUUAAGUCUAGUCUAUACUAUUCUAUAAUAUUUUGUUCUACUCUAUUCUAUUCUAUUCUAUUAUAUUAUGUUGUUCUAUUUUAUUCUAUAUUUUUUAUAUAUUAUCCUAUUCUAUAUCAAUCUAUGUAGUUCUAUUCUAUGCUAUGUUACUCUAUUCUAUAUCACUCUAUAUCAUUCUAUUUUAUUCUAUGCCAAUAUUAUUCUCUAUUAAUCUGUAUGAUUCUAUUCUAUAUUCUAUUCUAAUAUAAAUCAUUCUAUAUAAUUCUAUUCUAUUCCAUUUUAUUAUUUUCUUUAUUAUUCUAUAUUAUCCUAUUGUAUCCUAUUCUAUAUCAUUCUAUGUAAUGAUAUUCUACUGUAUUCUUUAUUAUUCUAUUCUAUUCUGUUCUAUUCUGUUCUAUAUCAUUCUAUAUAAGUCUAUUCUAUACUAUUCUAUAAUAUUUUGUUAUACUCUCUUCUAUAUCACUCUAUCCUAUUUAUUUCUAUUCUAUUCUAUUAUGGUGUUCUAUUUGAUUCUAUAUUAUCUUAUUCUAUAUCAAUCUAUGUAGUUCUUUUCUCUGCUGUGUUAUUUUAUUCAAUAUCACUCUAUAUAUAUUCUCUAUAUAUCAUUCUAUUUUACUCUAUGCUAAUAUUAACAAUCUAUAUGAUUCUAUUCUAUAAUAUUCUAUUCUAUUCUAUAUUCAUACAUAGAUUCUUAUGUUUGUGUGUUUUCAGGUUACUACACUCACAUCUCUACGCUCGCCGACGUCCAGGAGAACGUCAUGGAAUACUUGCACGUGCUCAGUCGACCAAUGGUCAUCAACCACGACCAUGACAUCAUUUGGACGGAGGCGUACAUGGACACUGUGGUGAGAGGCGACAGCCAAUCAGAGUUCACCCUGCGUCUUCCUUCAUUACAUCAUUUUCAGUGAACUACUCCUUUAAAUCUUCAUACUGCACAUUAAUCAUCAUCAUUAUCAUUUCAUCUUCAUCUGUGUGUUUGCUUCCUCUCUGUGUUCCUGCUCAUUCUCCCAUGAUCCUCUGGGCUUUUCCCUCCAUCGCCAUGGCAGCUUCCAAACACCAAGGAGGUAAAGAGGAGAAGUUUAGAGGCUGUAGAUAAACAGAUUUACUCGUACAGGACACAUCAUUAAACCUCACAAUUCCAUUUCAGAGUGUGUGUGUUUUAAAUAUCGUGUGUGUGUGUCUGUUUGUCAGCUGUUCACCACCAAAGCUCAGAGUCUGCUGCUCAUGACCUCUGUGGCCAUGCCGGUCUUCAGUAAGAAGAAGGAAACGGUCAGUGAAAUGAAAACCGGACUUUACAAAUGGGUUUUAUCCACUUGUAUCUGAUUUGAGAUCUGAGAACUCGGUCUACGGUGUUUGUUUUUGACCCUGCACCUGUCUCUCCAGCUCUCCCACGGGAUCCUGCUGGGUGUGGUCGGCACUGACAUCCCGCUGAUGGAGGUGAUGAAGCUGGCGCCCAGAUACAUGGUGAGUCCGGGUUCAAGUUAACUGUAAAUCAUCCUUAGAGUUCAAAAACCGUUUUUAUCGACCUGUACUUCAACAUGAAAAGACAAGCUGAAGAUUUGAGACGGAUUUUAGAUUCUGACCAUUUCUACAAGUUUGUGAUUCAGUGUUAGCUCAGGUCUGGUGCGCUUUAACUCACAGAAAAAUUGACUGUUUGUUUCUUAUUUUUGCUCCUAGAUGAAUUAUUGUUUUCUCUACUGUGUGCAGAUUUGAUACCAUCACUAAUGAGUCCUCCAAAUAUCAGGAAAGGAGAUGAUUACAGACUUUAGAUUUAAAACCUUUAAAGGGAUAUUCCGGCGUAAAAAAAAAUUUCGGGCCUGGCUGGCUCGCCACUGGAUUUCAUAGAUGCAAAGGUGCAAAAAUGAACCACCCGAAAACAGAUCAAGUUGGCAGCCUCUCGCGGGAUUUUAUCGUGUCAAUCACAGCUCAAGACAAAUCAGAUGGACAGCAGAAGCCGAAUAAUCCCAAACAAUUCUCCCUAGAACUCUUUCUUAUAAGAACUCCAAUGACGUCAGUAGUUGUUGUCUUCCCGUAAGUGUACUUCACACAACUUCACACAACACAACUCACCUACUCUCUUCCAGCAGCCGUUUGUUUGUGCAGAGACCUCAGGCCAGUCCAUUACAGACUACAGCGGGGUGACACAGCUCAAGGAAGAACAUUUAUGAUCAUUUCUUUAUCAUUUCCUUGAAGUAAUAAUCACCAUAUUAAUCAUUUUACAGACGCUGUAGUUCUUCUGUCUUAGCGUCUCGGUCUGAUUGUGUUUCCAUGAAGAAAUUAUCAUAAAUGUUCUUCCUUGAGCUGCGGCACCCCAUGUGGUUAUUAGACUAUUAUAGUCUCCCCCUGCUGGACAGUAUAAGUAUUGCAGGUUUGAGGAAUUUUAGCUACUUUCAGUUCGGACGUACGACUUUUGACUCCGAGUUGGACGUGAAGCAGUGAUUUAAAGACUUAAAUCUUCCUCUUCCUCCUCAUUAGCUUGGAGCUCACGGCUACGCCUUCCUCAUCACCAACAACGGCUACAUCCUGGCCCACCCUGACCUUCGACCUCUGGUGAGUUCGGCUUCGUUUCCGCAGCAGCAGCAGCUCCGAUUGUCUUUAUCGCUUUUCAGAGGAGGAGAUGAACUGCUGCCGCUAAAGAGGUUGUGUUGAGGGAAAGUGCUUUUAAGUAUUUAUGAGGACAGAUAUACAGUGUUUCACCACACACACACACACACACACACACACACACAGACUAACAGCGUGUCCUCUGUCUCGCAGUAUAAAGAUGGGAAGAAACUGAAGCCGAAGCCGAACUACAACAGUGUCGAUCUGGCCGAGGUGGAGUGGGAGGACACAGAGGAGACGGUGAGUACACACACACACACACACACACACACACACACACACACACACACACACACACACACACAGAAUAAAGUAGGAAGUUGUAGAAAGUUAAAAAAAACUUCUUUAAACUUGUUUUUCUUCCUCUGGUGUUUCUUCCAGCUGAGAACAGCGAUGGUGAGGGGGAGCACCGGCCAGACCAGCCUGAGUGUCCGAGCGUCUGUGGAUAAAGGGGUGAGAAACAGUCAGAUCAAAAAACAAACAGACGAUAAAUAUCGAUUUAAAGUACGGGGAAAAGGAAACAUAGUACUUUGAAACACUUUGAAUGAGAUUUACCUGGGAUUUCCACCGUACGCCAAUUCCUACCAGAUCCGUUAGUGAGACAAAUUUCGUGGUGGAUUACAGACAGCAGGAAUCGUGAGAACUCAUAAGAACCCGUGGAUUCACCUGCAAUCACGCGAUAACAAGUUGUCCCUUAGCCACAGAGGCUAACCAUAUAAGCAGUAGAUUGUGUCCUUCCAGAGGAGGAAAUCUACUUCUAGACUUCUAGAAUCAGCAUCUCCUCAUCCAUGGUGUCAUCGGGGUGAAAUGACGUCUAAAAACCUUUCACUUGUUCGUCUCCGCCCGUUUGCAUGGUGUGAAAUACGAUCCUCCUGAAACACGGAGUGUUUUAUUUUGAAAAGAAGCCGGAUGUUUUAUUUUGUGUCUGUGCCCGACUUCCUUUCCAGCACGGGUUAAUCUGUGCUGAAUUUAUCCGCCAUGCUCCGGCGUCCAGAAAAAAUAGAACUCUUGUGAUCAGCUGAGGAGUCCGGCGAUCCGCAGAGGAACGGAAAGAAGUCGGUGUAAAUUGACACGUUAACUUGAAUGGUUACGAUCAGCGGAUACAGCCUUUGCGUAGCCAUUCCAGUUGUGGUGGAAAUUGGGGGUUAAUGCCGGUGCUAAGGGGACCAAUCAGAUUCAUCCUGAAGAUCUAAAAGCAGUCUGGGCGCUGUGUGAAACGUUGGUCCAGGAUUUUGUUAAUUUGCAAAUUAUUUAAAUGUUUAUAUCUGAAUAAAAAAUGUGCACAGACAAAAAAAAUCAAGUGUUGAAACUGAAAAAAUCAAAAAUAUUCACUUAUUUUAAAUUUGAUACCAGCAAGAGACUUCACCCAGUCCAAAUCCAGCAGCCCUGAUGGUCAGGGGAUCAUGAGAGUCUCUGUCAGGGGUAUCUUCUACAUCUGUGAAGGCCUCAUUAAUGCUGAACAAGAUCUUCAGUUUAAGGAGCAACAGGACUCUGUAGUUGGAGUCACUGUGAUCUUACACUCUUUUGGAAAGGACAACUGGACUUACUUGAGACGUCUCAAGUAAGUCCAGUUGUCCUUUCAAUGUAGAACUGGAAAUCAUAGAUGCUGCAUCCUCAGUUUUAAACAAAAUCUCCAGGUUAAGGAGGAACAUCUGCAUCCAUCUAGACAAAGACCUUCAUAUGAUCCCAAACCACAUUCUGACAACAGCAUGGCUCUGUAGGAGAAGAGUCCUGGACUGAUGCGGUCCUGACUUGUCCUCCAUUAAAAACAUUUGAGGCAUCAUGACCCCAAAAACAGAACCAAAUAGACCCUAAACCAUCAAGCAGCUGGAAUCCUCCAUCAGGCACUUUCAGACUCCAGAACCUGGUCUGCUGGGUUCACCUUUUCCCAGGAGAUGGCGGUCAUGUUCUCUUGGUGUUGAUCACUCACAGCUUUAAUCCAAGGAGAUGAAGAUGAAGAUGAAGACUCAGACAGCUCAGAUCCUAACCUUGUUUUCUUCUUCUCCUCUCGCAGAAACGACCGCUCUACCUCGUCAACGAUUACUUCUUCACAAACAUAGAUGAGACACCUUUCAGGUAAAUCUGAUGUUCUUAUCAUGCACCCUUUCAGACUAAGAUCCCAGACCGGGAUUUGUUGGUCCCCAUGCUUACCUGGAUUUAGUAUCAUUUGGUAUGUUAGGAAAUCCACCGUCAUCCUGGUUUGAUUUUGUAAGUUUUAAAUGAUUUCUCUGUCACUGUUUCUAAAUUCACUUGUACCUCUGUGGUUUGGCCACAAGAGGGCAGCAUCUCCCACUGUAUUUAAUAAGAUAUCCUACUCUGUAUGCAGGGCUCUCACUGUCUCCUCUCUCUCUGUGUUUCUGCAGCUUCGGCAUGGUGUUGACUAAAGGUCACGGCAGACUCAUGUUUAUGGGGAACGUGUCAGUGGAAGAAGGUAGGACUCCCAUGAGCCUUUGCUGCCUGAACCAUAAAGCAGAAAUCUGUCUGGAUGUUAUUAUCUGCCUCUGAGGACAUGCAUAUUAGGUGGAGUCCUUGACAUGACCCACAAGUCAAACAAGACCUUCACUGAUUGGACGGGAAUCUUCUCUCCUCUCUCUCCAGGUCUACAUGAUCUCACCUCCCCUGAUCUCAGCAUCGCCUCUGAGUGGUAGGUCCAAAACCACGUCACCUGUUACUAUAAGAACGCUCCUGGAUUAAAAAGGAGGAAAUUUCAUGUUCUUGUUUCAGAUAUUCAAGGGAUAUUCUGACAUAAAAUUAAGUUAGGGUCAAACACACCUAAGCACCUAAACAGCACCUAACUUCAUCAACAGGACAUAUAGGGUCACAGCCAUAGUACUAGACACCAAACAUCUUUUUAACUUUGACUCAUUUCUUUAGCAAAGAGACUAAACACAACUCACCUACUCUCUUCCAGCAGACGUUUGUUUGUAGUGAGACCUCAGGCCAGUCCAUUACGGACUACAGCGGGGUGCCGCAGCUCAAGGAAGAACAUUUAUGAUCAUUUCUUUAUCAUGUCAGAAUGUGGUUUGGGAUCAAAUGAAGGUCUUUGUCUGGAUGAACGUAGAUGUUCCUCCUAAACCUGGAGAUAUUGUUUAAAACUGAGGACACAGCAUCUAUGAUUUCCAGUUCUACAUUUCUUUAAGAAGUCCAGUUGUUUCAUCUUUCCAAAAGAGUGUUAUAUUUCUUGCUAAUUUCUUUAGCAGAGAGACUAAACACAACUCACCUACUCUCUUCCAGCAGCCAUUUGUUUGUAGCGAAAUGAAAAUACAUGGAAAUUCAUGGAAAUACAAUCAGACCGAGACACUAAGACAGAAGAACUACCGCGUCUGUAAAAUGAUUAAUAUGAUGAUUAUUACUUCAAGGAAAUGAUAAAGAAAUGAUCAUAAAUGUUCUUCCUUGAGCUGCGUCACCCCGCUGUAGUCCGUAAUGGACUGGCCUGAGGUCUCUCUACAAACAAGCGUCUGCUGGAAGAGAGUAGGUGAGUUGUGUUUAGUCUCAGUCAAAGUUAAAAAGAUGUUUGGUGUCUAGUUCUAUGUCUGUGACCCUAUAUGUCCUGUUGAUGAAGUUCGGUGCUGUUCUGAGCAUUAUUUGUGGCUAUAGAGUGGCGUUUUGGUUGGGGGCGUGGCUCUCUGUAUUUCUAUCCUGCGGUCGUUACUAAAGUUGGUAUAACUAGAGAAGCAAGCGGUCGACAACAUUCAUCUCUGGAGGGGGGGUCUAACUCGGUGUUACGUUGUUUUUAAUCCUAAAUUAAUUUUACGCCGGAAUAUCCCUUUAAACUCUCCUUCCUCCUCAGGACGUACUGUGAGACUGACAUCGACCCCGCCCACCGUAAAUACUCCCAGCUUCAAGCCGCCAUCCGCUACCUGCUGGGGAAGGAACCCGACCUGGAGUGUGAGUUAUUCAGAAGAAACAAACUAAACUAUUGAAGAAGUUCUCAUUCAAGGUGGCGAGUGUUUCCUUUAAAAGUCAUAUUUAAGUGGUCUCGUCUGCUGGUUGCCUAGGUGACGAGGUGUUGCUGCAGCAGACGUUGUUUGACGCCGUGGUCACUGCUCCACUGGAGGCCUACUGGAACGCCCUGAUGCUGAGCGACAAGUGAGGCUCGACCAGGACAUUUUGGUUUUAGAUGGUUUUAUAAAAGUGAAGAGUCUUUCAGAGUUCAGUCCUGGUCUGUGUUCAGAUCUAACCUUCUUUAGGUAGCACCUCAGGAAACUCCUCAAUCGUCUUAAACUGGCGUCUAUAAAACUCUUAUAUCAGCUCUAUCUGAAACACUUUGUUUUGGCUUCUUUCCUAAAGAUCAAAAGUUAGACGCAGCUUUUGGGGGUGUUACUUUUUACACAGCUUGUCACCUAAAACAACCUAAAGGACUUUUAAAGCUCAUCGGCGGUCGUCACCAUUCAACCUACCUUUUGGUCGACCUACCUGAGGCGGGACUUUGGCCUCUUGGCAAACAGUUACAGUCAGGGCCCACCUGUCAGUCAUGUUGGCCAUGCGUCUGAUUCGCUAAUCUCAUAACCUCCCAAAAGAACCGUGACGAGUGCAGAAGAAGUCAAACCAGACCGUCAACGAGUUUAUUUCACUUUUAAAUUUAGCUUGUUUGAAUUAGUGUGUAUGUGAUUUCAUGUGCUUCUGCAGCCAGCCUCUAGUGGACACUCAGGGAACUGCAGUUUUUAGCACUCGAGGUUGCUUCUUUGUUCACACACAAUGCUAAUGAUGCUAAUUUGAUUCAUGUUCAACGCACUACUCUCCUCAUUCCCUCAUUCGACCUGAACUGCGAUAGCCAAUCAGCACGGAGAUCUGCUGCUGACGUAUGUCAAUAACAGGCUGGUGGAGGUCAAAGCACAGCCAUGUCGAGCUCCACAGUAUGAAUCGGUUAUUUGAUGGAAACAGGAAUAAAAAAGGAAGUUGGAUGGAGUAAAGUUGGACACUCGGGUCGUUGGGAUUUGUCACGUAGAUGGAGCGAGUUAUUAGCGAUCUGGAAUUAAAUGACCAAACGCAAAACAUUCAGGCAUUUGAAUACACACGUGUCAAGUCGAUCAUCUAAUUUGCGUUAAGUGUGGGCACACAAUUACACCCCUGUAUUGUGUUUUACAGAGACUGUAAGUUAAUAUGGAUCAGCUAAAGCGCAGAUCAGCCUAACUCCAUAAAAAAACGACGAGGCAUGAAGUUCCUGAAAGCGCCCUCAUAUGUCCGUGUGUUUUUGUGUUCACGCAGGAUCGAGCUGGGGGUCGAGACAGCCUUCCUCGGAACUCGUGCCGGCCUGAUGAGGAUCUUCAGAUACGCAGGAGUGGAGAAACGAAUGGCAAAGUAAGACUCAGACCCUGCUGGGCUCAUGUAGGUCUGUCCGGUCCUGAAGGAGGUGACAGUUAGAAGAAGUCUAACCAAACUCAGAUGUUAAGAGUCGUCUUCUUCAUGUCUUCAUCCUCUCAUCAGGAGGUUCCUGACUGCGUCUGAUAAAGACAACCUGUUCACCAUGGAUCACUUCCCUCUGUGGUACCGCCUGGCUGUGGAGAACACUCCUGGAAGCUUCUUCUAUUACGCCAUCAAUGACAAAGGUUCGUCUCCGCAGCGCAAACGAUCGAACCUUCAGUUUCCUCACUUUUAUUUCCUGUUUCUGACUCCUGAGGUCAACCUGUCAUCAACAGGAGUGCAGUACGUGGUGGCGGCGACGGCUGUGACUGUGUCAUCUGAAGGAAGGACAGCUGUGGCCGGAGGUGAGUCGCUCAAAACUCUCUAGAGCUGGCUACAUGUUCCCUGUCUGGACUAGCUCUUAGGCUUCAAUCCAUUAGAGAGAAGAUCUGUGUUUCAGAUCUGACAGUGAAAUGUGGUCCCAUUCUGGAUCUCAGCUGCUUGACUGUUCAGGGUCUCCAUGUCAGGACCACAUCAGUCCAGGACUCUUCUCCUACAGAGCCAUGCUGUUGUCAGAAUGUGGUUUGGGAUCAUCUGAAGGUCUUCCCUGAAAAAGUCUUUGUCUGGAUAGAUGCAGAUGUUCCUCCUAAACCUGGGGAUGUUGUUUAAAACUGAGGAUGCAGCAUCUAUGAGGCGAAAACGUCUCAAGUCCAGUUGUCCUUUCCAAAAGAGUGUUAGAUUCUGAUCCUUCAGACCUCAGGACAGUUUUCCCCUCAGUCCACCUUAAGUGCUCAAGUCCAGAGAAGUCUCUGGUGUUUCUGGAUCCUGGUUCUAUCUGGUCUCCUUUUUCCUGUGUUCACAGUCGAUGGUUUUUGAAGUGAUUCUGAGUCCAUGCGGCGAUUUCCACUCCAGAGUCUGUUUUUAAAGCCCUGAAGAUCAGGACCAUCCAGUCCUGGUUUUGGUCCUUGUCCCCCUUUAGUACAGAGAUUUUUCUCGAACUUUAUUCUGAAACUGUUGAACUGUUCGCUCACACAGCCUCUCACAGAGUCCUGAACCUCUUCCAUCUUUCCUUCUAAGAGACUCCGCCUCUCUGAAGGUCCAUCUUAGACCUGGUCAUGUGACUAACCUGUUGGACGUUCACCUCGUUGGUUGGAGACGUUCCUCCAGAUGUUUUUUUAGCAAUACAACCUUUGACCUGUUUGGUUGUUCCUCUAUCAGAACUUUUUACCCAUUUUUUAUCCAUUUAAAUACUUUUUUAAAAAUAAGUUUUUUCCAUUAAAGUGUAAACGACGUUUUUUAAAGUCAAUAUAUUUGAUAUGUUGACUUUGACUGUUUUGAUAUUAGAAAAGGGAAAGAAGGAGUGGGGGGAAACCACAGUGGGGAAGGCAAAAGGCCAAAUGUUUUUUUGAAAGAAUAAAAAAGCAGUUUAGAUAAAUAUAGUUUAUUAUCUUCAGCUCGAUAAACAGUCGUCGGAUGUGCUUUUCACAGAGAAUAAGGACAAAAGAAACUCAAACACAGAGAGGUUACAGUCGCUGUGGGCUGAUAUCCUCACACGCGUCUUUAACGCUGAAUCCAGAAUCGUUCCUGUUUAUCUGUUUGUUGGAGAACUCAAGAGUCCAUUUGUGCUGGGUUGAAAGCUGUUGCAGCUCAGAGCCUGCCCUCUAGGUGGCAGUACAGCUGUUUGAAUGCAGUUUACCUCAGUGAUGAAGCUUAAAGCAGCGUUUCCCUGAAAGCGACAAAACUCUGGACUGUCUACGAUGAUCGUAAUGUGAGGGUUUAAACAGGAAGUCUGUUUACAAGACGUGAAAAUAAGUAAACGACACAAAAGUGAAAAAGACGAAAACAAACUUUGUGCAGAAAUAAGAGGAGAGACGUCACGUUUCACAGAUCCACAGAGGUUUGGACUUGUUGGAGCGAGUGCUUGUCGGGCGAACAAAGACGAACAGCGAGAACAAAAAAGGGAGUCUGAUAUUUCUGAAGAGGGAUCAGGUGAAGGAGUGCCAAACUGCAGCUUCACACGACUUUAAGAGCCGGCUGUGAGAUGCAGCGCGGGGAAUAACAAUUCACAGAGCAUCCAUACAUUAAAGGAAGUACCGCAGCGCUCGCCUCUCUCUGAAUCGAGUCUGCUCCAUUAGCGGUUCAAUCAGUCCUCGCCGGAGAUUUUCAGCACAAUCACACAGCCGCGGGACUCCUCUCUGCGGACGCCGUCUCAUCAGCGAUGAGAGCUGAGGAGCAGAAGCAGCCAGAGCGUCCCAGAGGAGGUCGAAUCAGUCCAAAGCAGCGGGUCAGAAGCUGCUGAUUCGAUACCCGUGUACUAUGCAGGCCUCUUUCGGCGGCGACUCUUCCGGCGAUGUUGGCGAUGACAUUUGUCCGUCUUCAACGUCAGUGUCCGCUCCGGACUCGGCCAUCAGAGGCUGACCGCGGUUCUUCAUCUCCCUCUGGUACCUCGCCAUCAAUGAGGCGUAGAUGCAGCCGUACGUCGCUGCGACCACCAUCAUGACGCACACCGUGCCGCAGAUCACUCCCGCGACUAUCUGCGUGCCGUGUGCUCGGCGGACGCUGACGGGCCGGUAGCGCUGGCGGAUGCAUUCGUCGUUGCUGCUGAUGCGUCCUGGCGGGCAGGGAGGCCGCGUGGAGUAACCCGGGGCGCCCUCCUUGGUGAGAGUCUGCAGGCAGUAGUUGAACAUCUCCGCCGGAACGCUACGAAUAUCCCUGCCCUUCAAAUCCAGCGGGAGGCUGCACUGCAUCGCAUCUACCUGUCCAUCUACGAGAGAGAGGAAGAGAGGAAACAGGAAGAGGAGGAGGAAGGAAGUGAAGGAGCGAGAGGCAAACAGGGGGAGACGGGGGAGGAUUGAGAGAGAUGGAGGUCAUUAUAUUCUUAGAUGUCUGUGCUGAGCACACAUCCGUCCUGCAGAGCGGAGAUUAAUUGCUUCGAUUAGACAGCUUUUGAAGUACAGACAGAAAACACAAAGCGAUUUGCUCUGGUUAGGUCUUAAAGGGCUGUAAGCCGACUGCCAAAAGCUAUCAACUUCAGAGGAUUUGAGAUUUGGAGAGGUCUGCUAACAGCUCUGCUCACCCCUGUAAAUCAACCACUCCAUCCAGUGUUUAAAGUCCCUCAGCCUGCAGUCACACUCCCAGGGAUUCCCGGCCAGCUGGAGCUGCUGCAGCCCGACCAGGGGCUCGAACGUGACUCUGUCCAGGGUGAUCAGCCGGUUGCUCGCCAAGGACAACCAGGUGAGUCUUGGGAGCAAAUCCAGAAGGCCCUUUGGCAGCCACAGGAGCCCGUUGGAGGACACGUCCAGCCCUCUCAGCCUCCACAGCCCCUGGAAAACCUCCUUACUCAGACCGAGACUCGCUUGACUUCCAUUCAGGCCCUGUGAAACAUCAGUGCUGUUGUUGGGGUCAGAGGUCACCAGGCGUACUCCAAAGUAGUUUGCAGAGAGGUUUAGCCAGCGCAGACCGCUCAGACCUGAGAACGCUCCGGCCUGCAGGGUGGAGAAGUGGUUCUGGGAGAGGUCCAGGAGCUCCAGGUUGCUGAGGUUGGACAGCUCAGUCGUCCCCAGAGAGGAGAGGUUGUUCUGGGGCAGACGAAGGCUCCGAGAGUCCUGGUCCAGCACUGAGAUGAUGGGAGUCAGGGAGACGAGGCCGGCGGCAGAGCAGUCGGUGGUGUUAUUGUAGCAGGUGCAGAUACCUGGACAGCCGUGGACCUGGCCCAGCAGUCCCAGUAGAACCAGGACCAGACUGGACAGAGCUGACCAGACUGGAAGACAAGAGAGACAAAGAGAGACAGGAGACAUUAGAGCUGAGACCACAUCACAGGAGACGGAUUUAAAGGGAUAUUCCGGUGUGAAAUUAAGUUAAUCAACUUUACGCUGGAAUAUCCUUUUAGUGUCUCACAUGAACCCGUCUUAAGUUUCAUCUUCUCGACCUUUUAGAGGACCUGCUUAGACUCACCCAGACUCUCCAUGUGACCUGGUCCAUUCUGGUCCCGAUUCUUCAUGUCUUAUCCUGCAGCUUCAGGCUCUCAUCUGGCUCUCUCUGUUUUCUGUCGGUUCACACCAACGUCCGGCUGAGGAGGAAGUCCUGGAAGACACAAACGGAGGUCAAAGAUGGAGGCUGUACGCUCUGCCUCCCCUUUAAUUAAGGUUAUCGAGAGAGAUCGGCAGAACUACGGUUAAUCGAUGGAUCCAACUGUUUGUGGUGCGCUCCGGUUUCUAGGACCAAACAUAUCGAUUCAGCGCUCAUGAAAUAUCACUCUAUCCCACCGCUGCUCCUCCUGUCCACGGUUUUUCUUGGUGACCUGGUUCUGUAGCGAGUCCGACUCUUCACAGUAGACCCUCCGACUGUGAAGGAUAAUCCUCUCUGAGCCUUUUUCGACUCACUCUGUGCUCAUUCAGCUUUUACUCUCUUUUCGGCUCAUUCAUUUUGUCGCUUACAAACUCGAGUUUAGUCCUCCACCGUCUGUGUUAUCUUCUCUCCAUCUGCUCCUCCACCCGAGCAGAUGAUUUCUUUUUACGAGCUUUUCUCUCAAACCUCUCAGCCACCGUAAAGAGUGCAACCGGCCACCAGAGAUUAAGUGGAGUAUUUCAUGUGUGCUGAUUAAAAACAUCAACAGCUUAGCUCCCGGCAGAGCUGAUCUACGGUAUAUUGGCAUUAGGACCCUGAGCUGUGCCGUAUUUCGCCGUCUUUCGCUUGUCCUCAAUCCUUUUCAUUCUUCUGAGAACACACAAGGAGGAGAGUUAAUCCUCCACCAACACCGGUGGAAAAGUCAGUGCCAACUUUCUCUUCUCAACACCCACUCGCUCUCCAUGCGCGCUGCAGAAACAGUACACCGUCAGCAUUGUUUCACGUGUGCAAUCGGAGAUAUGUUUGUACUUUUUGAUGAUCGCUUGCCUCCCUGCACAUCUCUGGUGGUUUGAGGCGCUCAGAUAUGCAGGAGAGAGAGUGUGCAUGAGAGAUAAAGCUGCAGAGGAGAAGAGGAGUGCUGUCACUCCAUCAUAAGUCUGUAGCUGCUACAAAGAGCCAGAGAAGCGCCGCCUCAAGGUCUUUCUUUUGUUGCAGGUCUUCUUUGUUAACUCGGCUCAAUGAUGCCAGUCACUCUGCUGCGGACUGCGUGAGGCAGGAAGGUGCCUUCAGGCCACAAGUGACAUUAAAAACUAGGAGAAAUGACAAUGAAGAAAGAGGACAGAGCGGCAAAUGUGACCCUGAGAGGAGCUGACGUCAAUUCAAAUGAACCGGGGUCCAGGAGUGCAAACUUAGAGCUCGGUUCCCAGGAUGAGUGGUCCUUCGUUAUAAACUAUAACUGUGAGAAAAACGGCUGAAAUCACAGAGUUAGGACGUUUACAUUAUAACUCUCUUUAUGCAAAGUGCUUAGGUAGGCUUAAGAGGCUGUGAGCUGAGCUGCUGCUCACUUUUGCAGAGUUCAGAUAUUCAUCUAAUUAACAAAAGACCGCCUGAAACAAUCAAAAUGGAAAAUGAAAAUAAGGUGAAAUAAAUUGUCAAGAAUGUAGUUACUUGUUCGAGGGGCUUCAGGGGCUGCAAGCUGAGCUGCUCCUCCCUUUUUGCCAGAUUUACUGUGUGCUAAAAGUUAAAAUAUCCAGCUAUUAAAAACAGAAAUCCCUUAACAGCUAGAGUCUGAAAAAGUUACAAUCAUAUGAAACUAAUUCCCAAGGAUGUUAGUUGGAGCCGUAAAGACUGCAAGCUGAGCUGCUGUUGACUUUUGCAAAGAGGUUUUUUGGGGGUUUUGUUCUAAUUUUCAGUGACUGUGAGUUGAAUUCUUCAACAACAUUAAAAUAAAGGUUUAUGCAAUCAAAAUAUAAACAAUGGCAGAGUUUUUAGGGGCUGAGAGCUGAGCUGCUGUUCAUUGCUGGAGAGCUUUUGUUAGAGUAGACUCAUCAAAAACAAGAUAUGUAAUCAACCACAACGUAAGAAGCAUCAAUGGCAUGAAAUAAAUUGGUACUCCUCUCUGAGAGGCCUCUAGGGGCUGCAAGCUGAGCUGUUCUUCCCGUUUUGCCAGAUUUACUAAACCCCCAAAUCCCUAAACAGCUAGAGUAUGAAAAAGUGACAAUAAUAUGAAACUAAUCCUCAAGGAUGUUAGUUGGCGCUGUAAAGACUGCAAGCUGAGCUGCUGUUGACUUUUACAAAGAUGAUUUUUUUGGGGCUUAAUUUUCAGUUUGCUGUGAGUCAAUAAAUUAAAAUAGAGGUUUAUGACAGAGGGUUUAGGGGCUGAGAGCUGAGCUGCUGUUCACUUUGGUGCAGCUCAUUCCUCCCAGAUGUUCAGCUAGUUGAAUGAUGAUGUCGUAAGGUUAGCCUCUUCUGGGCUGAAAACCACGAUGCGAUGGAAAACCUCUGCGUUUCCAGCGUCCAUGUUGGUCCCGCUGGCUCUCCUUGUUCCUGCUCUCAGAUGUUGUGCAGGUUCUGCUCGGAGAGAGCUGCUUGGCUGAUUUUCUUUGACCUGUAUGGAUUUGUUUCUCACAUCAACACGUUGAUUUCUAAUCCGCCUCCGAACAAGAAGCGGCUCUGACCUGCUGCUCCAAACCAGAACCUUCAGGCUCUUCUUCAAGCCUCUGCAGUUCUUUUCCUUCACAUACAGACAAACCGAGACUUCAUUUUGAGUUUGCAGAAGAACAAACAUUUGCAAACCUCAAAAGUCAGGCAGGUUUAAAAGAUGUCAUGUUAGUAGGAAAAGACACUUUUUAUAACUUUGCAUAUUUAAAAUUAAAAGAGACUGACCUCCAUCCUUGACUUCACAUUGCUUCACAGACUUUGACGUUAUAAUUCAGACACCAAAUUUUCAGAGCCAAGGUCUCAAAAACAGAUUCUUCCAAACACUCUAUGCUAACAUAAUGGACAACGUCACUCCUACCAUCGAUUAAAACUCCGAAAAACCACCUUUCCUUCUACCUUCAUUCCUGGAGAUCUUCCUGUUUGGUCGACUUUUACAAAAAAGGCAGAAAUCCGUGUUUGAUUUGUGCAAAAAAUCUGCCGAAAUUUACAGCAAUCAAGACUUAAAAAUCACAAUGUAUGACAAAUAAAAACAGAUACAAUAAAGCUAAGGUAAAGUUAUUAAGUUCUGUGUGCAGUAUGGAGCUGUAGACUGACUUAGAAAGGAUAAUUCACCAUUUUUAAGAGAGUCUGCGUGGGUUAUGCUGCGUUCCAGUUGUCGGGAAGUCUGGAUUUCUGAGCCCCGAGUCAGAAAUUCAUCCGGAACGCCCCCCUGAAGUCGGCGUAACAGUGAAAGCUCUUGUAAUGUUUUAUUUAUUAGCAUUUCUGUUUUGUUUAUGUGAAAUUAAAUAAGUAGUUUAUGUCAUACUGCCCAACGUCUAAUGGGGCGCUCACACCAAGCGCAAGUAAAAUCAUCUACUCGCUUAAUUUGCGCAAAUCUGGACACAUGAAUAUAAAGUAUUUACUCAUUAACGCGUCAACAGUAAUUUCAACAGUAAUCCCAGUGAGAUCAAGUGAUAGACAAAUGUUUUUAUACAAUUUACCAGGUAAUCUGACCUCCCAACUCACUUUCCUCCAGACGAGCUACUUUUUUUCCGGUUUCAGUGAUUUAAAGAAACUCUUUUCCAGCAGCCGCUUGUUGUAACGAGGGGUGCCGCAGCUCAAGGAAGAACAUUUAAGAUCAUUUCUUCAUGGAAAUACAAUCAGACCGAGACGCUAAGACAGAAGAACUACCGCGUCUGCAAAAUGAUUAAUAUGGUGAUUAUUACUUCAAGGAAAUGAUAAAAAAAUUAUCAUAAAUGUUCUUCCUUGAGCUGCGACACCCCGGGCUGGAAGUCUCACUACAAACAAGCGGCUGCUGGAAGAGAGUAGGUGAGUUGUGUUUAGUCUAAUGAGUCAAAGUUAAAAAGAUGUUUGGUGUCUAGUACUAUGUCUGUGACCCUAUAUGUCCUGUUGAUGAAGUUAGGUGCUGUUCUGAGCAUUAUUUGUGGCUAUAGAGUGGCGUUUUGGUUGAGGGCGUGGCUCUCUGUAUUUCUAUCCUGCGGUCGUUACUAAAGUUGGUAUAACUAGAGAAGCAAGCGGUCGACAACAUCCAUCUCAUCUCAUCUCAUUCAUCUCUCUCUUAAUUUUACGCCGGAAUAUCCCUUUAAGUAACAAUAACAACAAACACACACCGCACAGGCUGGCGUCUGAAUGAGGCUUUGACGGACAGCUGUCAGUCAUAUUACGUCUAAAACCGCGGCCUGUAAGAGGAUGAGCGACGAGUCUUUAUCGGAGCAGGGUGACCUGAGGAGAGGAUGACCUCUGACCUCCCUCCCCGUCUGAAGCGGCGAACAACAGAUUGAUGCUAAAUCAUGUGACAUGGAGAGGAUGCAUUAAGGAGGAUUUCCAGUGGAACAAGACACAUCCUGACGUAAUCUCCCCGAGUGGACGGGACACAGAGUCUAUUGUUGUCAAUUUUUACACACGAGGAAAAACAGAGAGACUCGACUCGCUCUGUGUUCGAUGGAUUCACACGCCAUCAGACCUGUGAGGCUUAAAGACGAGGAGCCAAACAAAGCGAGCGGAGAGGUCUGAGAGGUCUCCCUGCUCUCCUCUCUGUCUUUCUCUCCUGCGUCUCUCUCUCUCUCUUUUGGACUCGUGACUUUUAGGGACGCCGCAGAGAGCUCAGGCGCUGCUGGGUGUAGGUCAGGACGAUGUCAGAUUCACUCAAACCUGACCCAGUAGGUGUAUCAGAGGAGUACAGAGUCCGCCCACGCUCGGAGGAAAGAGCUCGGUCUUCAGUGGUUUCUUUUCGAGACGAUUACUUUUCUAUCCUGAAAAUCUUUUUAAAGACGACAGACGAACAACAGCGUGAUAACUGAGGACCGCGGCCUUUGGAGAGAGGACAAAUAGUGGUGAUAACAGUCCGAGUCCCUGCUUCAUGAUCUUAUGGUGUGUGGAGGGUCAGUGGGUUGAGCUUUAGUGGGUAACCCCUGUCUCCUGUGGAUUCACUGUUUGACCUCUACACGUGUGCAGAGGGUCUGGGAAGCCCAGACGGCCCUCAUCCCGGCCACUUCCACCAGCUCCUCCUUUGGGGGGAUUCCCAGGCGCUCCCAGGCCAGACGAGAGAUGUAAUCCCUCCACCUGGUCCUGGGCCGACCACGAGGUCUCCUUUAACGGGAGGCGUCCAGAAGGCGUCCAAACCAGAUGUCCGAGCCACCUCAGCUGACUCCUCUGGACGUGGAGGAGCAGCGGUUCUCCUCUGAGCGCCUCCAGAGUGUCCGAGCUCCUUACCCUAUCUCUAAGGCUGAGCCCGGACACCCUGAGGAGGAAACCCAUUUCAGCCGCUUGUAUCUGCGAUCUUGUUCUUUCGGUUAUUACCCAAAGUUCAUGACCAUAGGUGAGGAUCCACCAAGAGUCUCGUCUUACGGCUCAGCUCUUUCUUCACCACGACUAAUAAGUUGACGCCGCUCCGAUCCGCCUGUCGAUCUCUCGCUCCAUCCUACCCUCACCCGGAGAAGACAGUCUACCUUUUUCCGCCUGAGGAAGCGCAGAAGUUUGUACGAGAUAAACAUCGUCUGUUAAGAAGAAAUCAAACUUCAACAAUGAGCAGAUCUGAGACCAGCAGUAGAGAGACGAGGAUCGAGACCAGGACUUGACUGAUAAACAAAAACAAUCGAUUCUGAUCAGGCUGAAAAUCAUCAAAUACGAACUUUUCUAAUUCAGAGAAAAGUUUCAGAUUCAACUUUAACUCAUGAAAGGAGAGAGGAGAGGAACAUGAGGAGGAGGACCUUCGAUAAUAAAAUGGUUUUCAGCUCCAGAAGGAGUCAGAACAUCCCAUCUUAGUCCUCUUCCUCCUCCUCCUCUUGGGUGUGUUUUAUUCUCAUUUCUUUGCGUCUUUAUUCCAUGUUGUCUGUUUUUUAUUUCUUCAAAUUUAUUUAUUAUAUUUCUGAUAAAUCCUGACAUUUAAAAAUCCCCGCUGCCCUCUCUUCCUCUCCUCUUCUCUCUCUAGUUCUUUUUUGCUCCUGGAGGAUUUUUAUCUGAUCUCUCCCUCUCUCUCUCUCUCUGUUUCUCUCUCCUCUCUCUCUCUCUCUCUCUCCUCUCUCUCUCUCUCUCCCUCUCUCCUCUCUCUCUCUCUCUCCUUUCUCUCCUUAAGUCCUGUCGUUGACUUCCUCUCCAGUGCUCCUCUUCUCUCCUCUCCUCUCCUCUCCUCUCCUCUCCUCUCCUCUCUCUCCUCUCCUCUCCCUCUCCUCGUUCUCUCGGUCUCAGCGUCCUGCCGGCUGCUUAAUGGCCUCUGACAGGCAGACCCCCCGCCCCGUCUCCACCCCCCAUGGCUGCUCUUUUCCUCCGAACAGCCUGAGAAGGAGUCAGCUGAGCGCCCGGUCCAAACACUGCAGCAGCAGCAGCAGCUCAGAUCACUCCUCCAUGCUUUUAGACUCUCUGUUAAAAGGACCAGCAUGCACUGGUGCAUGAGCACGACCAAGAAUCUGCAGACCGCUGUUGACCGCACUGAAGAGCGAUAGUUUUAGACGUGUCUCCAUAAUACAGGGCUUCUAUUCAGACCUCCACUCCUUUAGUUUCAGUCUUUAGGGACAUGGAUCAGGGAUUUGAGGGGAACCUUUUCACUGUCACUGCUUUUUAAAAACCUAAAACUGAGACUUUGGGACGGUCUGCAGAUCUGACUUAAUCUUAAGGACUUUAGGACAAGAGGGAAGAUUUAUGGAAGCUUAAUAUAAUUGUCUCUCUGCACUCGUCAGUUUAAUACCCAGUGUGGGAGCGGGUGAACUUUUACUUCAGCUUCUAGUCUGGAGAUCAGUCAGUCUGAAGAUGGGCGGGCAUAAAGGGGACACCUUAGACCAACAAAAACCAGGACCAAAGACCAAAGUCUACAGCGCGGUACCUCCCUGAAAAUUCAACAGCACAUCAGUGAGAAGUAUGAAGAGCGUCCGAGUGGACGACGAGUUUUAUAAAGUCUGAGUCUGCUGUGUAGAAAGAAACACCCCUGUCUGAUUCGUGUCUCUGCUCUCCUCUCAGCGCUCAGAUCGUGAUGGUCGGACACGCUCUGAUCCAGUCUUCGAUUUGUUUCCUUUAUACAAAAAUUUUGAACCAAGUUGCAGAAAUCAACUCAAAACUCAUCCUAAAACCCUCCAUCAUCGUCCAACAUGAACUCUAAAUGUUUCAGCAGCUUUCCUGGACGUCAUCGUACAUCCUAACUUUGUUUGACCGAUAUGGAUUUUUUGGGGCUGAUGCCGAUUAUUAGGGAGGAAAAAAAUCUAAAUACUGAUUAAUCAGCCGAUUUUUUAAAAUGUUUUAUUAAGUUAUAAAAAAUAAACAUAUAUACUGUAGAUAUACUGUAAGCUACUGCUCUUCACGCUGACAGGAAGACCGACUGAUCAAACUCAGACCAGAAAAGCGUUUUCAACCCCGCCGAUCGGUGCCUCCUCGUCUUCACUCCCGUUCCUCAUGUCCGGUCCGGUCUGAUCUGGAGACAUGCAGCUGCCUCAGUCAGAGAAGUAUCUCGAUCACUAAUGUGUUCUGUUGUUUAUUCUACCGUUACUGACACGGCUAACAGUGUAGCAAGGCUAACAGCAGGUGGCUAACUCUAACUUUAGCUUCAUAUCCCAUGGUGCUUCAGCGUUAAGUGGGCGUGACCGAGACCAGCACAGCGGGGAACAUGGUGAAGUGGGUUGAACUGAAACUUGUUGACUUAUUGUGUUUUUCACAAACUGGUUUAUUUACCGUCGAGGCGGACCACUCUCCUCCGUGUCCCUGAGCUGCUGCUUCAGAUCCGUCACUCUGCUGUGCUGUGAGGGAGUUAGUGGGUGAAGAUCGGCAUGAGGUCGCUGUAGCGCCAUCUACAGGAUAAGUCAGGGAACUUUUCAAAUGGCGGAACAUUUUCGUAGUGAAACCGAAUUUUAUUUCUGAAAAUAUCGGUGAAAAUCGGCGAGUUUUGGCCGAUUACCGAUUUGUCUCAAACGGGCUAAAAUCGUAGUAAAUAUUGGACCUAAAGCUCGUACUUCUGCGCUGGAGUGUGAACAUCGCUCUGCAAUACCCAACCUGAACACUAGUUGGCAGUGCAGCAACUAUUAACGUUGACAAUUUUAACACCAUGAAAGUUUGACAGAGUUGAAACAGAUCUGAUUCGAGGUCCGGUCAUUUUUAGAUGGAUCAGGAUCUGCUGCGAACAGUUUGGUGUUCCUGCAGAGAAGUUGAGUUUGUUUUCGUCAGAACUCUUUAUUUAUGGAGGUGGAUUCAUGCACAGAGAGUAGUGCACGGUAAAAAACUGAAUAUUUCUGCAUUGUUUAUUAAAUUUGCACCAAUAGAAACAGAAACGACAAAAGACCGGUCUGCUCUAGUUUUGAACUUUAGUGACGAUUUAUCUUUGAGUUUUUUUCAGGACAAAUCCAGAAACACAAACGACACUUUUCCCCCGAAACAUUUCAGUAUUUUUGACAUUUUCUACAGAAUUCAGAUUUGACUGAAAUCUGCUGAAGUAGACGUGCAGGAGUGUCCGCGCACUCGACAAAAACACACACUCUCACUGUCAAAGGCACAUGCUCAGGAUGUGCACUCAGUAUCUGCACACACACACACACACACGCUGCUCACCAUCUGCUGCUGCUUCAGCCUCCAAACAGAGAGAGGACACACACUCUGCUCGUCUCCUGCUUCAUCUGCAGCUGCAAGAAAAGACGCCGAAGACGACUCUAAAGUGAAAACAACCAACGCUUGUCCGUCUGUGAACCAGGAGAAACAAAAAUCUGGACGUUUGAAGAAAUAAAAAAUCAAAAAGCUUCACUCCAGGUCUGAGUUUGUCUCCAGACUGAAAAAAAAACAGGACCUGGACUUUUAUUCCGGAUUAACGCGGCCAGUCCUCCUCCUCCUCCUCUCUGUCUCCAUCCUCACUGUUGCUCCCUCAGCUUCCUCUGCCGACUGAGGGCGAGCGAGCCUGUGUGUGUGUGCUUAAGAGAGAGAGAGAGAGAGAGAGAGAGAUGCUGCUGCUGAGCUGCUGCUAAUGGUGUGUGCGUGCGUGUGUGUGUGUGUGUGUGUGUGUGUGUGUGUGUGUGUGUGUGUGUGUGUGUGUGUGUGUGUGUGUGUGUGUGUGUGUGUGCAUCCUCUCUGUGUUGUACUGAGUGUGUAAAGGCAUUAAAGCAGUUUGUCAGAAAUAGUAACAGCAGAGUGAAGCUGCUGCAGGCUGGGCUGUGAAUGAAUGAAGACAGGAGAGAGAGAGAGAGAGAGAGAGAGAGAGAGAGAGCGAGAGAGAGGGAUGUUUGUUUACACCAAACUACGUCACGAGAACGAAGAACACUCAAUCAAAAUAUUUCAUCAAAAAAAGGUGGAGGCAGAACAAAGUCUAAAUUUUGAAGUAAACUUCGCACUUUUGAACCUUUUAAAGAUGAUCAAACUGCAGAGAGAGGUUUCUUUCCCUGUAGGUGGCGCUGUAAUCUAAUUUUCAUGACUUUUCUGAAAAUUUGGCAUGGCGGCGUGGAUCAAGCAGGUGGCGCCACUUCUAAGUGUCUUUCUUCCAUCAAAGGUCAUAAUCAGACACGUUCCCAAACGAGUAUCCACUAUUAAAAAUAAGUGUCGGGGACAAACUCGGGCUUUAACAGACCCCAGAAAAGUGACCGUCACUUGUUAGCUAGUUAACAUGGAGGCAGCUGUUUCCUGUCCGAGGGGUUUGAAAGUUUAAGAGCGACGUUGAAGUUUUCAUCUGGAGGAAACAGUUUGACUCCCCAGGCUGCAAGAGUGAUGUGUGGUGGUCGGGUCUGCUGUGUAUCAGGGCUGGGCGAUAAAACGAUGACGAUAUAUAUCGAAAAUUAAUUAUCCUUUUCGAUAGUCGUCAUUCUGACAUGUUUUGGUCGACUGCACGAAUAGCCAAUGAAAAGGGGAGUGUCUCCAGGUCUGAACCAAUCAUGUUCUGAAUUAGAACCAACUGCAUCAUAGCACACAGCAGCUACACCCAACCAUAGCACUUUAACAGGUGAAGCCGACAGCACUGUUGGUGAGAAACAAAGAAAAUGAGUGCUACCCCCGACAGAAAUGACCAUGAAGGCUCAACAGAUGACCACAUCAAUGUCAACCACAACACUGGCGUUAGGAAAACAUCGGUGGCGUGGAGGUAUUUUGGUGUUUUGAGGUCGGACAUGAAGCAGAGUAAUGUGGACUGUAAAUUAUGUCGAGUACAUGUUCUCACAAAGUCGGGGAAUACCUCAAAUCUUUUUCACCACCUGAAGCAGCGCCACGCCGCAGAGCACGCGCAACGCAAAAGGUUACAAACCCCGAGAGGAGCGAGGAGCCGAAACAGACGACCAUUCAGUCGUCUUUCUCUAGAGCAACGCCUUACGACAAAACGCCAAAGAGACACAAAGACCUCACAGAUGCAGGAGAUUAUUGUGUUGGAAAAGACAUGAGACCAAUAAACACUGUUAGAUUUUUAUAUCCUGAUAUUGAUCGAUAUCGACUGAUAUUAAAUAUCAUGAUAGAUUUUUCCCAUAUCGCCCAGCCCUUCUGUUCCUGCGUAUUUAUUCUUUAUCCCGACCCUGCAGAGGUGAAGUUGGACUAAAAACAGGUAAAAACUUUGCAUCGUUCCUUUCUGAUUGGGAUAAAUUUAGUGUUAUAUGAUCCUCAGCUCUGUAGCAGGAUGAGUUGUCUUUUUUGUGUCUUAAACUGAGAGAUGAGCUGAUGACUUUGCCGGAAAGGAUCAAAAGUAAGACUUCAUUUAGACUUGGAGUGGCUGAGGGAAGUAAAAGACUCUCCUGUGAGAAUAAACCUGCAGAGUCUCUGACUUUGUCAUCAGCGCCGCUCAUAAAAACACUCUAAUCCUGAGAGCGAGCACGCCGUGAGAAAUUUCAACAUCAGGUUAAAAAGAAGCGUCUGAUGUUUUUGUCCCGUCGCUCUCGUCGUGGACCCGUUCUUGUUCGGGAGCGCAGACUGCAGCAGAGACGACGCUGCAGCUGCAGCGCUGAAGGGCGGCGAUAAGGACGCUGCUGCUGACGGGAAAGGAGAGAAAAAUAAGAGAGAAAUGAAAUGAAAGAGCAAAGCUGCAGAGCUCUGAGUCUGCAGAGAGGAGAAUCCUCCAAAAGAAAGAAAGGGAGGGAGGGGGGUAAGAGGUUUAAAGGACCCAAAGGUCACACCUCCUGCAGCAUCACAUCCUCUCUGCACAAACAUCCAGACUCAGAGUCAGAGACGGUUGAUGAUUUAAAGCGGUUUAAAGGGCGGGCCUGUGAUUUCAGCCGCUGUUUCAGACUCAGAUCCAGAUUUAGACUCUGUUAGUUUGAGUCUCAUUUUGGUCUUUUUGAACUUUUUUAGUUUUGUGUUCGAUUUAAAGGUGAAGUAGGCAGGAAAACGUUAAAGAAGCAUCUUUUUUUAGUGGUGUAUAAACAUAAAAUCUUUAAUAUCAGUCAAUAGUUAUUAGUUAUUGAUGACAUUUGGUAAUAUAUCGAUAUCUCUGUGUUCUCUUAUGUCUGUGUCGUCAACAUUUGAACAUUUUUGAGCGCUCCGCUCUUUCUGACUGUAAACAAAGACGUUCUCCACCUCCUCUAACCUGAUUGGUUGUGAGGCAGACGCUGCUCCCCCGUGUCGUUCAGGAGCCCAAACAAAGUUAGCGUGCUACAAUAUCGGACAGUAGAAACCAACCAGAAAGUUCAGAAAAUUGUCUGAAUCCUCCUUUGGCCACGACUGCCGACACAAGCAAGAAAAGACUCAAACAUAAACAGUCAGCAAGAAAACAGUCAACAAAAAACAGUCAGCAAGAAAACAGUCAAAACCAAAACAGUCAACAAGAAAACAGUCAGCAAGAAAACAGUCAAAACCAAAACAGUCAACAAGAAAACAGUCAACAAGAAAACAGUCAACCAUAAACAGUCAACACCAAAAACAGUCAACAAGAAAACAGUCAGCAAGAAAACAGUCAACAAUUAAACAGUCAACGAGAAAACAGUCAGCAAGAAAACAGUCAGCAAGAAAAUAGUCAACAAUUAAACAGUCAACGAGAAAACAGUCAGCAAGAAAACAGUCAGCAAGAAAAUAGUCAACAAUUAAACAGUCAACAAGAAAACAGUCAACACCAAACCGGUCAACAAGAAAACAGUCAACAAGAAAAUGCUGCUCCCCCGUGUCGUUCAGGAGCCCAAACAAAGUUAGCGUGCUACAAUAUCGGACAGUAGAAACCAACCAGAAAGUUCGGAAAAUUGUCUGAAUCCUCCUUUGGCCACGACUGCCGACACAAGCAAGAAAACAAAGUAAAUACCGGAGACUCUGGAGGAAUAACGGGCGCUUAAAACGGAGGUAGACCGGACAAGAGCUAAAAAGCCGGGUCAACAUAAACGAUGGGGGACGCUUGGGGAUCUUGGUGACCCUGUAACCUUUCUGCUGGACAGGUAAACCGCUUUAACAAAGUAAGACAAGUGUCUGUAACAGAAGUGUUUCUUGUCAAACGGACCUGCUGUAGCGUGUUGUAGCGCCAUCGCUAAACUGUCCUCCCUCGGGUCCUGGACUAUGUCACUUUAUCCUCGUUGUAGAAGUCCUGCAAACAUUGUGUUUGCUGGUAGUCUGUUGGCAUCUACAGUAGCACCAAUGCUUUUGACUUUCACCUUGACUGGGCCCCAUUUGUAAUGAUCUGAAGGAUUUAUCUGCAUUAUAUCUGAAUUUAAUUGGAACGAGACGAGCGAGCAGGAGCGUCUGUUUGUGGGCGGGGCUUAAGAGGGGAGGAGCUGAGGGGAAAACUGGUCUGGAGGGGUAGAGUUUACAUUCAAGAUUUAUCCUAAAAACUGGAACUUUAAGCCACUUUAAACUCUAAUACUCUUCAUCACAUCUAGACGUGGACUUGUAACACGAUUUACAACUAUGUCUCUCUCUCUCUCUCGCUCCUCUCUCCUCCUCCUGGGGUUAAUCUGACUCCCCCUCUUCAUAUCCAGGUCUAUAUUGUGGACCUGGUCCCUGUAGUUUUUUCUGUGUCCUGCAGCAUCACUAAGUAUCUUCAGCCGUACGCUGAAACCUCCUCUAACCACAGACGACCUGAAAUCACCGUUUUUACAGCCGCCCUGCUCCCCAAUAACACGCGGCUCCACAUGUGGCCUCCGAUCAUUCAUUAGUUGGUGAGUGUGAUGGUUCAGACCAGCUGCCUGUAUGAGGAAGAGUUUUCAUUACUGAGGUGACAAACACAGCAGCAGCUCUUCUGUUCGCGUGAGUAGAAACGACCCCCGCCGGUCCUCUAACGCCGCGCUCUCGCUGACUGAUGUGUCCGAGGCUCAGAGAGAAACUGGAUCUGUGGAGCUCGGCAGGAUGAUUGUGGUUUUACUCUGCUCUGGUUUUAAUGAAAUAGAAGCAGCAAACUGCGGCUUUUUCGGGUCGGAGGUGAUUUAAUAACACGAUCCAACAAUAAGCCACCUGCCGGGUCCAUAAGAGACACAUUCAUGUGUUCAUCUAAACUCCGGGACCAGAACUUCACGAACAGUUAUGAAACAUGAGCUGUCGAUGGUUUGAUAUCACUCCAACUUUCUAUUUCUAUAAAACAGAGCCAAACAGGCUGUCCCGAUAAACAAAAAACAAAUACCGGAUCAUAUCGGCCUGCUUUUAAAAUCUCCGAUAUCAGCACGCUGAUAGAAGCAGUCCAUUCCAGAUUCCGCUCCUGCACCUCUAUCUAGCAGCACCGGAUCGAUCAUGUAGCGCCCACGUGAUCACAACAACAGUGUGUACUAAAGUACGAACAAAGAAGCUAGGAGUCGGAGUGAUGUCAGCCGUGUGUCGGUAUUUUUCGUUACAGUCUGAAAAGACGUUACAGCUGAGUGAAAAACUUGUCAUGCACAAGUUUGUGCUAAUAUCGGAUCAAUAUCGGUAUCAGUCGAUACUGAAGGCUACAUUAUCAGUAUUGUAUGGGAAGUAAAAUAGUCGUAUCAGGACACCUCUAAUGCAAACACAACUUACCAAAUGUUAAAACUAUAGAACUUUACGCUUAUUUGAAAUUUGACGGAAGCAAAAAGUUCUAAAAAGUUUUUAGAGGACCGACCAAACAGGUCAAAGGUCACUCUGUGAGAGACCGCGUGAGCUAACAGUUCAACAGUUUGAGUGGAUUUCAUCGUCUACUGUAGAUAAUAUCAAUAAAAAGAUUCAGAGGAUCUGGAGAAAUCUCUGUACUAAAGGGGGACAAGGACCAAAACCAGGACUGGAUGGUCCUGAUCCUCAGGGCGUUAAAAACAGACUCUGGAGUGGAAAUCACAGUUCAUCGCUGUGUCUACUAAUGAGGUUCGAACUGAACCAGGAAAGAGGAAUCUAGAUAGAACCAGGAUCCAGGAACACCAGAGACUUCUCUGGACCUGAGUCCAUUUAUGGUGGACUAAGAGGAGAACCGUCCUGAGGUCUGAUAGAUCAAAAUCUAACACCAUUAGACCGCUUACAGCUGGUCCACCCGACUUGUUCUCAGCGCCCAGUCCAAAUCCAGCAUCCCUGAUGGUCUUGGGAUCAUCAGAGACCCUGUCAUGUCGACCUGAGUCCAUUUAAGGUGGUCUUAUGGAUCAAAAUCUGACAUUCGUUUGGAAAGGACAACUGGACUUAAAGGCGAAACGUCUCAAGUAAGUCCAGUUGUCCUUUCAACGAAGAACUGGAAAUCAUAGAUGCUGCAUCCUCAGUUUUAGACUAAACUAUAUUCUGACAACAGCAUGGCUCUGUAGGAGAAGGGUCCUGGACUGAUGCGGUCCUGGGUUAAAAACAAACAUGACUCUGUAGUGGACAUCACCGCAUGGGCCUGAAACCACGGCAUCCAUCUGCGGCGUUGGAUAGUCUAGCUUCCAUCGUAGUUUUUCGGUUGGACCCGGGUCCAGUGAGUUCUGUAAACUCUUUCUCAGAGACACGGCGACAUGUUAGCGUCCUCCGGCGCUCAUCUCCCCGCACACAGAUUGUCAACAGAUUAUGGUCUCGCUCCUUAAUGCUGCUGUGGGAGUCACUUUGAUGCUCGCAGUAAUAAAGCUGCUGCAGGGAGCGCACACGCCAUCAGGCUCAUCAGUGUUUACAUCCCUUCAUUAGAGCCGGGACACGGCAGAGGUGAACUCAGGGUCGAAUUGAUUUCCCGUCCUCCUCCUCCUCCUCCUCCUCCCUCCACAAACACGGCGGAGUGUUCGGCGCCGCAUCUGCAGAGUUCAUCUUGUCCUGUCUCUAAUACUUGUGUGUCUUUUCUAUUUUUAGCCAUCGGGCUGCAGUUCUCCUUGGACUGGAUGGAAAAGAGGUUCUGGGACAUCACCAAGCAGGUGAGAGGAUGACUCACUCCUCCUCUCACACGUGUGGAAAGUCAUUUUCUGACCUGUGUUUCAAAUCUACUUCGACCUUACCUGAUUUGAAGUCGGUCGGCUCAUUGGCGCGCACGCUUCACCAAGUUCUCAAGGACGAAUUCGAGCCUGAAUGUGCAGUAAUAAUCCUCAGGAUUCAGAGGUCGUUUUUUCAACUUUUCAUUUCCUCCGUUAGGGAACAGAUCUCCCUUUAAUUAUAUCCAUUAAAUCCUUCAGACUUUUCAAAUGAAGAUUAAAGUGGAAAGUGUUCAUAAUUAGGUCCCAUUAAAAUGUAAAACAACAGGAUUUGACCCCAAAGAGACCAAAGUGACGAUGAAGGUUUCCGAAGCUCAUUAGUCCACUCUCGCUUUCACAAGUGAGGAAAAGAAGGAGAAACGGAAAAGUUAGUUUCUCACGACCAUGACAGUUUUACAGAGACAGAGACGACACGUGACGAUCAAAACGGACGGAAAUCUAAGACACAAACCGACAAAAGACAAAACACAAAAACUACCAGAAACUCUGACUCCAGAAGUUCAGGAGUGUCUUAGAGGUAGACAGGGACUACAGAGGAGAAGAGCCUGGAUCACGACCUCGGGCCCUGCUGUGAUGGGAGUCCCAGGCGCCCCUCAGUAGCAGAGCAGAUUCCAGAUUGGCUGCAGAAGAAGUAAAGUUGUGUAUUUGAUGUGAGCUGAGACGAGGAGCAGUAAAGAGAAAUGAACUAAACACAACUCACCUACUCUCAUCCAAUGGCCAGUCCAUUACGGACUACAGCGGGGUGUCACAGCUCAAGGAAGAACAUUUAUGAUCAUUUCUUCAUGGAAAUACAAUCAGACCGAGACGCUAAGACAGAAGAACUACUGCGUCUGUAAAAUGAUUAAUAUGAUGAUUAUUACUUCAAGGAAAUGAUAAAGAAAUGAUCAUAAAUGUUCUUCCUUGAGCUGUGAAACUCCGCUGCACUCGGUAAUCGACUCCUACAAACAAGCGGCUGCUGGAAGAGAGUAGGUGAGUUGUGUUUAGUCUCUUUGCUAAAGAAAUGAGUCAAAGUUAAAAAGAUGUUUGGUGUCUAGUACUAUGGCUGUGACCCUAUAUGUCCUGUUGAUGAAGUUAGGUGCUGUUCUGAGCAUUAUUUGUGGCUAUAGAGUGGCGUUUUGGUUGAGGGCGUGGCUCUCUGUAUUUCUAUCCUGCGGUCGUUACUAAAGUUGGUAUAACUAGAGAAGCAAGCGGUCGGCAACAUUCAUCUCUGGAGGGGGGGUCUAACUUGGUGUUACGGUGGGUUUGACCAUAAAUUAAUUCUACACCAGAAUAUCCCUUUAAAGAUCAGCUGAUUCAGGGCAGACUUAGAGUAAAAACUAGAUUGUUUGGUCUUAUCUGUGGAUUUGGAGCUCAGUUUUGGUUUCGCUGAAGGUCGGGGUCGCUCAUCAAUUAAGAAAUGUCACUGAGGCAUGAUGGGAUUCCAGCUAAGACAGGUGUGUCACCUUGAAGAGUCCAAUCAGGACCAAGUACUGAGCCCUGAGGAACCCCUGUUGAUAUCCACUGAAGUUUUCUUCUCCAUGAUACUCUGAAAGAUCUCUGUGAGCUUUAUAAUACAUCCUGAAUUUAAAGACUAUUGGGUUCCAUGACUGAGACUACAUCCAUGUUUUAUACAGUCGGUGAUUUAAGUUCUUGAUGAACCCGAUCAAAACAUGCCAGUCUAGUCCCAGUUGUACUGACUGUUUCUGAACCAGAACUUUGUUUAGGCUGAAAUCUUUCACAUUUUUUGGUCACUGUGGUCCUGAACACGUAUAAAAAUUCAACAUUUCCUCUGGUGUCGUAUCAGAGUGAAAAUCCAGAUGCCCUGACAUACCUGGACUCUUGUGGUUUGUGAAUUCUGUGUGGGUCAUAAACGUUAAAAACCGACUCACUUCGAUCCGUCAUUAUCGUUCCUCAUGUAUUCCUGAUGUUUCCUCAUCUGCACAGACUGACCGGGGCUCUACCCUCCGCCUCCAGGUCUGUGACCUUGCCGUCGUCUCCUGCGGCUCAGUGGAGCAGCGGGCGGCUGUGCAGAUGUCCUGUAGAGGUUGACGGUGCAGAUAAGAUUAUUAAUGAGAGCUGACAGCUGUGACCGACGCUUUAAUAAUAUUCACCGCUCACAUUAGCUCACUCACGGGUCCUGACGUUUAUAUAACCUCUCCAUGAACGCUGAGAGUCCGAGCUGUUCCUCUCUUCUCUUAUUUCCUUUAGACUGAAAAAAUUUUAUGUUUUUAUAUCACUUCUCUCUUUUCAUUUUCAUCUCUAAAGCUGCAGGACUAAAUCUGAAUAAAUGCAGAUAUCAUUAUUGGAAAUGUUUGAAUCUUUAAUAUUCGUCUUUUCUGUGUUUCCUUCUCUUCAUCUUGAUGCUUCCAGCCCAGCGACACAGACGUGAGUAAACUUGAAUUUAUCCUGUCUGCACAUGCGCCCCCUCCUGACGCACACAGUCACUUUAAAUCAGACAGUUUGUGUUUUUUGGAGGUUAUUAAUCAGCUGUUUUUAUUUAAGUUUUAAUGCCGGGUCACAGAUUUCAGACAGUGUCUCUGUCUUUACUUCAGUGUUCAAACGUGGAGGGUGUGUGUCCUCUCAACUGUGAGAGUUUUGUAAGUGUCUCUACUUUCUCUUCUCCAAACUUUUAAUCAAAACUUUCUGUUAAAAUAUUUAAUAUCAAACUUUAACUUUUCGUUUUCCUCUGUUCAGGAUCUGAACUGUUUCGUAGUCGACAACAACGGCUUCGUCCUGCUGUCCAAAGAACGGAGCGAGGUACGACCCUGAAACUCACUUUGACAGUUUGAACUCAUGUAUCCUCGAAGAAGGGAUUCAAAGAGAUUUUAAACAAAACUAAAUUCACAUUUUAGCAAAAUUUUUGAAAUAGUUUGACAAAAUGUUUCUUCAUGGUGGAGUUUUGGUUCUACCAACAUCGAUGCAGAAACAGUUACAGGUAAUAACAGAGAUAUUUGUGACCGACAACAUCAGCAAGAGUUUCCUGUUAGAGCAGAGCUGCAGAGAACACAAUCAACGUGAAGCACCGCCUCCUUCUCUGAUAAGAGUCCCGCCUCCUCCUCGUAUAAAAGCCCCGCCUUCAUCUUCAAAAAAAGUACCGCCUCCUCCUUGUAUAAGAGUCCCGCCUCCUUCUCAUAUCAAAAUCCCGCCUCCUCAAAGUAGAGUCGGCCUCCUCAUCAAAUUAAAACUGCCUCCUCCUUGUAUCAAAGCCUCUCCACCUCCUUGUUUUAGAGCCCUGCCUCCUCCUCACAGUAGUGUCCCGCCUCUUUCAAGUAGAGCCCGCCUCCUCAUCAUUGUAGAGCCCAGCCUCCUUCUUUUUAUUAAAGUCUACCUCCCCCUCUAAGGAGAGCCCUGGUUCCUUCAGGUAUCAAAGCUCCUCCUCCUUCUCUGAUAAGGGUCCCUUCUCCUCAUAUCAAAGACUUGCCUCCAUCUUCAAAAAAAGUCCCGCCUCCUCCUUGUUUAAAAGCCCCGCCUCCAUAUUCAAUAAAAGUCCUGCCUCCCCCAUGAAUAAAAGCCCCGCCUCUUUUAAAUAGAGCCAGCCUCCUCAUCAUCGUAGAGCACCGCCUCCUCCUUGUAUUAGAGCCCCGCCUUCUCCUCAUAGUAGAGCCCCUCCUCCUUGUAUUAGAGCCCCGCCCCUCUCAUAUUAGAAUAAGAUUCAGCCUAAAACGAUGAAGGGUAGCAUGCUGUGGCUGUUGCUCAAACUCAGAUCCUGGAUUUCUGAAGCUCAGAGAAACUGUCUCUUAAAUCUUAGCAGUGAAAUGUUGUUAACGUCUUUUUGUUCAUCGGUAAAUGAAGCACAAAUAAAACGUAAACAAGAACAUAAUUUACUAAAUACACAUCAGGCUGUAUUGGAAAGAAGCAGGAAUUUUAGACUGAGACCCCAGACUCAUUAAAGCGUGUUAACUGAGGGACUAAACUCACUGAGAACAGGAUCAAGACCUUUAUUUUAUCAGACUCAUGUUUGAAACCUGUCGAGUGCCCCCCUGCUGGCUGUCAAAGGUACUGCAGAUUUAAAGGUCCAGUCCUCUCAGAGUCUGCCCUCUUCUCUUACUCGGUCUCUGGCUCUCAAAAACAUUUUUCACUCUCCACAUUUUCAGACAUUUCUGGCUGAAUAAUUCAUCCAUUUAUCAAUAAUGGAAAUAAUCAUUAAAGGCGGCUCACACUGCUGCCAGAUAGCGCCGUAUAAAGGUCCUUUUUCUGUCCGCUCCACCUUCAGGUCUGCUUUUACUUCUAUCACAUGCUGAGCUGGUGACUCUCAGUCUGCAGAACAAAUCUCAUCACAGAUGUCCGAUCGAUCAACCAGGUUAUUGAUCUUUGUUUGUGGAGCGUCUUCUAUUUAAUCAGUGCUUUACAGUGAAUUAAGGAAAAGACAAUAUUGGGACAAAUUCUAAAUAAUGUCAAUCAAAAAAUAAACGCUGGGAACUCUUUUGGAAAGGACAACUGGACUUACUCAAGAAAGUCCAGUUGUCCUUUCAGCGAAGAACUGGAAAUCAUAGAUGCUGCAUCCUCAGUUUUAGACAACAUCUCCAGGUUUAGGAGGAACAUCUACGUCCAUCCAGACGAAGAGUUUUUCAGGGAAGACCUCCAGAUGUCCUGGACUGAUGCGGUCCUGACUUGUCCUCCAUUGAAACGUUACGUCAGAGAUCAUUUCAAAGACUAACAUGACUGUGUGUGUUUGUGUGUGUUUGUGUGUGUCUGUGUGUGUUUGUGCGGUACAGACCGUCAUCCUGCUGUCCAUCUGACAGCUGCUCGUUAGCUCCAGAUUAAGUCGGCCCGUUAAGAGCCACAUUACUGAGGAUUAAUCUGAGCCGUCCAGCUCCCACAAACACUCAGCUGAGCAGCGACGCCCACUUCGACGUCCCCCCCCGCUGACUCGUUCGUUUCUAUUUUUAGACGUUUGGUCUUUGGGUUCGGUUUUGAGGUCCAGGACUCGUCACCUGGACUCGAACCUGCGACCUUCACGCUUCAGGUUGUUCUCAGUGACGGCGCGGCUGCCGGCUGAAGGCAGCAGCUGGUUCCUCUGAGGCCAGAUGAGGCUUAGCUGCCGCUCAGCGACCCUGUGACCUCUGUAACCGUGUCAGGGUCAGAGGGAGCGAGCUGCUGAGUCAACGCCAUGAUCUCAGAGACUUCAGCGAAGGUGUUUGACGCUGAAACUGGAGGUUUUAUGCGUCUUUAUGCUCGAUUAAAAUAUCAGCCUCACAAAGUGGAUUAUAUCGGCGCAAUAACACCCAGAAACUAAUACGUCUGCCUGAGGAGGGGACUUCAUCAGCUGAAGGUCUUAAUUUAAUUUCCAUUUCUUUGUAAAUGACUGUCGCUUUCAACACCAAGAGAGUGUGGCGCCGAGGUUCGUUAUAAAGUUCUAAAUAAUUAAAGUUAAAUCCGCCUCUGCACACACAGCAGUGAAACGUUCUGGUGUAGAAUAACCUUAAAGCGGCGCGGAUCGUUUCCAGCAGGAGCUCAUUUUUCAUGAUUUGCAUGUCUGCGGCGUUCCCAGCAGCCUUACUAAGCAGAUAUUAUGAUGAAGUGCUUCCUCCGUCUUUCUGCUGAGCUCUGGACUUUACAGGAAGUUUGUGGAAACACCCAGAAUCCCCCCCGGUGUACGAGCCGCUGUGCCGUGAAGGCGCAGCUCGCGGUGCAUUGCAGGGCAGGGUAAAUAUUUAAAGAGAGGAGAAAUGAAGCCGGUGCUGACGUGAAGAAAUGGGUCAGAGAGAGGAGGAGGAGCGGUGAGCAGCGUGACGGAGCAGAACCGGGGCUGUUUGCUGAAUGCAGAGGAGAUGUUGGACCACUGAUGGUGUCUGAGGAGCUGCUGCAGGAGGUCUCUGUUCCUCAUCAGAGCUGGAUCUAGGUUGAAGACGUAGACCUUUCAUGCACCAGAAGCUGCUCCAGUCCACGGAGCUCCAAAGUGGGAUGAUUUCAGUGUGAAUAACCACCUGUUCACCAUAAAUGAUCCUGUUUAUUACCAAACUGACCAGUAGGGAUGAGAAUUACUAAGAAUUUAGUGAUUUUAAUUCUCGUUUCGAUUCUCAUUGAGUGAGAAAUAAAAUAAUACAAAUGGGUUUGUCACCUUUGAACAGAAGAUGUGUCGUAUCCGUGCACUAAUAAUUAGUUAUGUGACCUUCCCUUUGACCAUAAAUCAGCUCUCAGCUCAGACACAUUCGUUUAUCUUCGCCUCUGUCAUUUUACUCUUCCCCGCCUCGAUGAAAGGAGCCGCCAAAGGUGUGCGAGAGCUAACCGCUGGUUUCUGGUUUCCGUUUGAUGAAAUUAAAGCUUCGCAAGUGUUGCAUGUAGCCCCGGUAUCAUACACUUUCACUGUUUUUUAGUGGGUGCAGAACUGACUCCCUCAACUCAGAGGCUCCACUGUAGGAUACUCAUGAUCUCUCACUCCCAGAUUAUGCAGAUGAUACCAUAAUAUAGACAUCUGAACCCUCUACUUCAUUUAAACAAAAGGUCUGACAGUCAUAGUUUAAGGUCUUAGGUCUCUCUCUCUCCUCUCUCUCUCUCUCUCUCUCUCUCCUCAGCUCAGUCCCAGCAGAUGACGGUCCAACAUCAGUCUGGUUCUGCUCGAGGUUUCUGCCUGAUCUUAGAUUCAUUGACUAGUUUUGACCAAUCAGAAUGAAGUAUUUCACACAGCCUGGUAAUAAAGAGGAGGGUCAGAUGAUACUCUGCUGUAGGAACCCUCUCACUCAUCCAUAACUUCUUGUUUUUGUCAUGUGAGAUUCAAGAUUCGAUCAAAUCCUCGUUUUCCUUUUAUCCUCUUUUUGUUUCUCAGCGUUGAAUCAACAUCGACAUGAAGAGCUGUCGACGAUCGAAAGGUUAAUGAGAGUAAACAAAGAAAUCCCAAACAGGCGUCUUCACUCACGUCUGUCUUUACUGUCGUUUUUAAAUUUAUGGAAAUCUGAUAUUUGAGGAGAAAUUUUCGACUAUAAAGUUUGUCAGAAGCAGCAGCAGAGCUUUUUCCCGUCUUUUGAUCUUUGGAGUUAGUUUGUCUGAAUCUGCAGCUGAUCACCUCAGAUUUAAUGAUCUUCUUUGUAUGUAGCAGGGCUCUCAGGUUCGUGCUGCAGUCCUGAUUUAAUGUGGCUCUUCUUCAGGCUGAAAUAAACGUGUGUUCAGCUGCUGCUGCUGCUGAGCUCCUGGCAGCAGUUUCAUCCUGGCAUCUUCACUCCUUUAUUUUUUUGUUGAUUCCAGCACGUUUACCCUCCGCUGCUGCUGAUGCCGCUGCUGUCAAAUAAACACAGGGUCAGGUUUCGGUGCGAGCAGCAUCCGACUGCUAUCGCUCAGCAACCCUGGAGCCCUCUGAGGCUGCUGGGAAAAUCCCGUCCAGGUGGAGAUAGAGUGUGGGCAGAGAGCAGAGUGUAAACAUGAACAGAGCUGCUGAGACAAAACGCUCUGAAUAAUUCAGAGCCUCUGCUGCUGCUGCUGAGGGCCAGGACCAAUACACCGCAGACUCAGAGACGACUUCAAUCACAGCUUUACACUCACACCAUCUGUUUUUCUCCUCCUGCAACCUCCGAGCAUCUGAGCGCAUCAACCCGACUUUAUUAUUUCUUUAAAUGUUAAUGAUCAGAUCUUUUCUGUAGGGAGCGGACAGAAGGAGGACUCUUACAAACUCUCCCUGCAGAGCUUAAAUAAACCACACCGAGGGUCAUUAAGUUAGGAUUUUAGUUACUCUGCAACUCUAUACUUCCUCUCUGAUCUUUGAUAUCUUUAUAUGAUUUUCAGAUCAAAAAUAUCCUCCUGUGUCUCACUCUGGUGUAUUAAAGUAUCAUUAUUUCAGCCUCUGUUAGCUGCUGUCUCUUUAAGGCCCCUCCCACUCCAGCCUACUUUGUUCUGAUUGGCCACCUCUCCAGAUGCUUUGAAUAUGUUAUGAUAUGAUAUGAUAAGAUAAAAUACGCUAUGAUACCAAAAAAUACACUUUGAGUCUAUAUAGGGCUGGGCGGUAAACUGAAAAUGUAUCAAUAGUUAUCGUCUAUUUAUCGUUAUCGAGGUGAACUGAUCAACAUAUCGUGAUAUUGAUUUGAGGACAUACCGCCCAGCCCUAUACUCUAUAUAUAUAUCUAUAUCCAUCAUAAACAAACUGACGUCAAACUAACUCAUCUUCUUAAGCAGAUUGAUCUGAUUACGGUUUGGGAAAGAGCAGUUUCCAUAGCAACAGCGGGCUGUCUAGAUAUAACAGACUGCUGCUGUGAAGUAUUGACCAAUCAGAGCCAAGAGUCCAAACACAGCCAUGUGUGAUUUCCUCAGGGUCAUUUUGCUUUCAUUCCUGUUAUUUGAGACGUCGGCUGCAUUUAUAAUCUGAUUAUAUUUUAUUAUAAAUCAUUUGUUUGUUUAGUCGAUAACUCCUCUCGUCUUUUGCAGGUGGGUAAAUUUUUUGGCGCGGUGGACGGCUCCGUCAUGGCUUCACUCAUCAAGAUGGGGAUGUACAAAAAGUAUGACUCACAGAUGUGUUACUGUUUUUGUUCUUCUGUAGAGUUUGAUGAAAAUACAAUAACUAAGUCGUAAAUUCUAUCACUGGCUGUUCGGCGCUGAGGCUCAUCACUGUUUUUGUUUUCAGAGUCUCCUUGUUCGACUAUCAGGCCAUGUGCAAGAACAGCCACCAUCACGCCAGCAGCGCCCGUCCUCUGCUCAGCGUGAGUCUCCUACUGUUCACACAGACACACACUGAUCCAGACGGCUUCAAUCAGCUGAAACAUUCGGCUCUGUUUUAAUCCGAUAAAGUUUUUACUGUUUUUAAAAAACCGUCAAAUCAAACGUCUGAUGAGUCCCAGAUUUUAGAAGUCCAGUUAACACAACAGAGACGGCCAUGACAGAAAAGACUCCUAAAUCCUUCUCCAAGUUUUCAGGAUGGGCUUCAUGUGUGAAUGCAAACACCUCAAAUUUACCCAGACUUUUCCAGUAACGCUUUCUUUUACGGUACACUUAUUACCAGGUAAUUAACAGGUAAUUACCUAGUAACAACAUGAAAUUAUCUGGUAAUUACAUGAUAACUACUAAGUCAAUACUGUCUAGUUUUUCUUUUUUCUGUACAGCUCCAUAUUCAAAAGCUAUUUGUGGUUCUUAUUUUCUAUGAUUGACACUUGAUACAGCCUAUGGGCAUGCGAAGAUUGCGUAGCGAUACGCUGUUUGAGCCGCGCAUCAUCACAGCGACUCGCCCGCCGUGCAAGUGGUGGUUCCAGGAAGCGGAGAAAAUCCUGGAGAUACCAGAACAAUUCGGCCUCAAAUUUGUAUGAUGAUGGAAGGUUACCUACCUGGUAGCUAGACAAUAUUGACUUAGUAGUUAUCACGUAAUUACCAGAUAAUUUCAUGUUGUUACUAUGUAAUUACCUGUUAAUUACCUGGUAAUAAGUGUACCGUAAAAGAAAGCGUUUUUCCUGCUGUAAAGUUUCUGUGUGAAGUCAGGUUGAGCAGAUGUAAGAGCGGCGGAUGAAAUGUUCAGAAAAAUGUCAUGUGACUUGUGUGAAUGUGGGAAAAAAACUUUACCGAGCAAAUCGAGACAGAAGAGAAAUUCCAGAAAUUUUCAGGAGUGCACGUGUGAAAGUGUUUCUGCAUUUUUAGAUAUUUAUUUACACUUGAGGCUUAAUUUUCUGGAAUUUUCAGAAGAAUCUUUUUUGUCAAAGCUGACUGAAAUUCUUGACCUGCUCCUGAGAAUAAUUGUUUUCUGUUUUUUUCCUCUGCAGCCGUUUUACGGCAUCGUGGCGUUACUACGAUGGAUCUUCUCCAACGCACUGAUGCAAGUUUUUUUACGUAUUCCUGUAGCUAAUCUGCCGUCUGUGUUUCUGUCUGCUCUGGAAGUGUUUGGAGUCUUCGUAUGAAGGUUGUAGUUGUAGGUUCUGACUCUAGUGUGUCCCUGUCUCCUUGCAGGUUCUUGCUGGACUUUAACUUUUGUGGACUCUGGCACUCGGACUACUUUGUGGACGGUAAGAACAGCAGGUUAAAACCACCGUGUUGUAAAAAGUCUUUAAACAGAUUUGUUCAUCAUGUCAUCACUGUUUCACGUCUCUGUUUCGAACAUGGCGGCCUCAUCAUCAUCAUCUUCAUCCUCAUUAUCUUCAUCAUCAUCAUCAUCACCCGGGUGUGUCUUCACUGUGAUCCACCUUCAUCCAUUCAGCCAAAGCUGGUUAUCACACAAGUGAGUACGACGAGGCUGCAGACAUCCCAGUGUGUGGAGAUAAGAUAUAAACUGUGUGUGUAAGUGAGUGUAACUGUGUUUAAUGGUGUGUGUGUGUGUGUGUGUGUGUGUGUGUGUGUGUGCACGUGUGUGUUUCUCAGCUCACAAGCAGAAGAAGGUGGAGGCCCUACAGCCCUGCGACACGGCGUAUCCCGGCUUCAUGUACGACUAUUCCAUCAAAGAGGCAAACAGCCUCAUCAAGUGUGGACGCUGCCAGAAGUAUGAACGACACACACACACACACACACACACACACACACACACACACACACACACACACACACAAAAUAAACCCCUCUACCCUAACGUUACUCUAACACUUUUAAAAAGAUUUUGACAUUUUUCCUGAUUUAUUUUUUGUAAACUUAAAAUAAAUAAAAAGUCUGUAUUUAAACACUUAAAUCGUUUUAAAAUCCUAGUUAAACUGUUUUUAAUGAAAAAAACACUUCAUCAUAAUUCUCUACAUUUUUUUUCUGACACUGUUUCCGCCUGUUUUUUGUGUUCCAGGAUGUUUGUGGUGCAGCAGAUCCCCAACAGUAACCUGGUGUUGGUCGUGACUCAGGCCGACUGUGACUGUUCCCGUCAGUACGGACCCAUCCUGCUGGACCCCAAAGAGAUCAAAUAUAUCCUUUAG